AUGUGCAGUUGGCAGAAGCCACUUCUGCGCGUGCACAAAUUGAGGCAAACCCGGUAUUUACUUCCGGGUUUGUCACGGUCGCAAGUCAGAUUAUUCACAAGUAGGGGUGGUGGUAAAUCAGGGUUCUAUUGUAAUGUAUGGGAUUAUGUGGCGCACUUGGUGCAUGAUGUAGUAUAGUUCUAUGUUGGGGAUUCCCCAUCUUCCUUCUGAGAUGGGGAGAUGCAGGUGUCUUGGGCUUAUUCUUGACUUUUUGUCUGAGAAGAUAAAUGAGUGUAGUUAUUUUCUGCUAUUUGCGGAGUUGCGUUGGUGGAAUCCAGAUUGGAAGGGUUUGGAAUAAGUAGGUUAAUUUUGUGAAGGUGAUAAUUUUGAUCAUGGCUAUUCUCAGUUCCAUGUCCCUCAGGUCCCAUUUUGUUUUUGGACCUUUGUCAUCAUGGUGCGUGUGUGUGUGUUGCGAUCUCUUUGCCGUUCAUCAUCUUCCUGGUUGGUGCUAUCUCUAUUGUCUUGAUGGUCUUGGUUUGGGAUGGGGUGUUGUGGUUUGGCAUUUAGGUGGUGGUGGUUCUUUUUUUUUUUAAUUAUUUUUAUUAAUUUCCAAUACAAAAUUUAGUCAUACAUUUUUAAUACAAUCACAAAUACGUAUUUUUGACCUCCAUCAGUUCAUCCGUGAAUCCUCCGUAUUCUCAUCUUUAUUCUGCAAACUCGAAAUUUCUCAUUGCCUUUUAUCUUAAAAUCCACCUACUCCCCCUCUUCCCUUUUUUACAAUGUUUCUAUACAUAUUUCUUUACAAAGCUUCCUGUAAACCCACAAACGAGGUGGUGGUGGUUCUUGGGUGUUGUGGAAUUUGAGGGCUGUACAGGCAUUGUUGAUUGGUGGCUUUUUUCAGAGCGUCGGGGUUAGGCAGCCAUUUUCUUCUUGUCUGGGCUGUGAUUUAGUGAUUUAUUGUUCUCCUUUGGCGGUGGCAGCGGUAAGUUGGUGUGCGACAAGUGGUGGCUGCUCUGCUUCAUUAUUUGUUUAGCUUCGUAGGCCUCUGGACUCCGGAGCUUUGUUUGGACACUCUCAGUCCCGGUGGGAUCGGGAUCAUCUGGGGGGAAGACUCUGCACAGCCUCUUCACUUGUCAUUUUGGCCUCCCCAGGCUCCCCUUUGAUCGCGGUGGUGGCAGUGAUGGUGGCGCAGGGACCAGCCAAGCAUCUCGGUUGGUGCUGGUGGUCCCUAGGAGUUCGGUGCAGCCGUGGCACUCCCCAUCUUGAAACACGGGUGUUUUAUACUGAUGGUUUUGCAGUAGUAGUUGUUGUGGACCUGGAGUUCUCGGCUAUAAAGUACUAGCUUUGAAAUGAUGGCUUUGUAAGCCUCUGAAGUUAACAAUCCAUUAAGAUGAAAGCGAGGGAGUUCACAAUGAAGCUAUAUUUUCUGGCAUCCUGCAAAAUCCACAGAACAGUAGGGGAGAGAUUGGUACAGUAAAGGCCAUCGCCCCACUUACAUCAAAAGCUUCCAGUUUCAUGAAGGUUAAAAUUCAGAGGAUUAUGUCAAAUCUUGGCAUUACACACCGACAUAGAAUUGGAACAUAUGAAGCUGUCUUGUACAAAGUCAGAACAUUAGUCCAUUCUAGGUUGGGGUAGCUGAUGUAGUAUUCUCCAGAUGUUAUGGAUCACAGCUUUCACCCUUCUGGACCCCAGGUCAUGCCACUUGGGGCUGAUGGGAGUUGUAGUCUGAAACAUCUGGAGGGCACUGUAGACUGUGACUGGAAGCAGCUCUCCAUGUUUCCCCAACAUAGGUCUUUCCUAGUCUUGCAUUGUGUGAACUCCUGGCCAGUUGGCUCAGUUGGGUUGAGCACGGUGCCAAUAGCAGCAAGGUUGUGGGUUCGAUUUCCAUACAGGCCACCUGCAUAUUCCUGCAUUGUAGGAGGUUGGACUAGAUGGCCCUCGGGACCCCUUCCAAGUCUACAAUUCUAUGGUUUUAUUAUUACUGUAAAAAAGGAAUCACAAGAGAUUGAACCUAGGACCAAAGCAUGUACUGUAUCCCUGAUCUAUUAGAUAAGGAAAUUGACAAACAUUGGUGCCAUCUAUGCAGGUGUUCAGCUGUUUGCAGUGAUCAUAUGAGAGACAACUUGCCACACCCUCAAGCUGCAAGUAUUCGAUGUGCUGCCUGCAUGGUCUUUAUGAAUAUGAAAACUGUAUGUGCAUCUCAUUAUCCAUGAGACUGCAUGUGUAGAUUGAGGCCAGGCCUGGUUGAACACAGGGCUCAAGAAUCCUCUUACUCUUCAGCUGCUGGGUUCUUCAUAGUUGUAGUCUGGGGAGGUCAACAGGCUCCAGGCAUUUAAUUGCUUGCUAUUGUUCAUUUACUCUUCCUUGUUAGUGCUUUACUUUUUCAUCCUCACUUCAAUCUUUUGACAUAUAAACCAUCUUUUAAGUAUUAUAUGAAUGAAGGGGUUUCCACAUGGUUUCAGGGGAGCAGGACAUCACUGUUGGUCUUGCCCUCAACUCUACAUUUGUGGAGUACACAUGACCAUCUGCAGGGAGAAUGUGAGCCUCUACAUUGCUUGAUCAUGGUUCCUGGUCUUAUAGUAGUCUAUAUGCAUAGAGGUCCAUGUGUUUACCUAUGAAGACAUCUGUCCCUAAUGUAUGGUUGCUGAGGAUGGGGCUGGUGGAAACUGUGUAAUGUUGGGAGCAGGGCUUGGUGUGGCCCAGUAAUUGUGUGAAGACCCCUUCAUGGAUGUAACACAUGAAUGUCAUCCUUGUUUUGCAGACUGGAGGUGAAUAAACUUCUCAGGACCAUCCAGCUGAACUCUCAGCAUGGUAUUAGUGGGGAAAAUAAGGGAAGCAGGUGGCACUGUGGUCUAAACCACUGAACCUCUUGGGAUUGUCGAUCAGAAGGUCGGUGCAACGGGGUGAGCUCUUGUUGCUCUGUCCCAGCUUCUGCCAACCUAGCAGUUAAAAAGCACACCAGUGCAAGCAGAUAAAUAGGUGCCGCUGUGAUGGGAAGGUAAAUGGCAUUUCUGUGCGCUCUGGCACUCAUUAUGGUGUGCCGUCGCACCAGAAGGGGUUUAGUCAUGCUAGCCACAUGACGCUGAAAGCUGUCUGUGGACAAACGCCGGCUCCCUCAGCCUGAAAGCGAGACGAGCGUUGCACCCCAUAGCUACCUUUGACUGGACUUAACCAUCCAGGGGUCCUUUACUUUUUACCUUUCAGUGGGGAAAAUAGUUUUGGGUCAGGAAAUCUGAUGAUACAGCUCAGAUUUCUGUUGCGGCGGUAAUUUAUCCACAGUUUCGUCAGGUAGUUUUGGAACAACUAUAUUUUUGGUGCUGCUAGAUAUUUUCUUGGAUAGAGCAAGCUGGCUAUCAGUUGCUGGGAGUCACAAGCAGGGAGAGUGCUGCUUCUGGAAUUUCCACAGGCAUCUGGUUGGCCACUGUGAGAACAGGAUGCGGGACUUGGUCUGAUCCAGUAGGAAUGCUCUUAGGGGUUUGUACAGUGGUACCUUGGGUUAAGUACUUAAUUCGUUCUAGAGGUCCGUUCUUAACCUGAAACUGUUCUUAACCUGAAGCACCACUUUAGCUAAUGGGGCCUCCUGCUGCUGCCGCACUGCCGGAGCAUGAUUUCUGUUCUCAUCCUGAAGCAAAGUUCUUAACCCAAGGUACUAUUUCUGGGUUAGCGGAGUCUGUAACCUGAAGCGUAUGUAACCUGAAGCGUAUGUAACCCGAGGUACCACUGUAAUGGGAAAAUAAAACUGACAGAGACCAGGAUAAACACUUCUUCUUUUGCAUGAACAGCAAGCAGACAUUAACCAGAGCAAGAGAUGCUCAAGGGCGAUUUUUAAACCUCACAUGUGAAAAUGCCCCGAGUCCCAGUUUCUACCACCUGCUGCGAGGAUUGGUGCAGGCAAAUGGGUUUCUAAGACUCCCCCAGGCCUAGCAUUUCACCCAUGGGAUCUUCUUAUUUCUUUAGAUUGCAAGGCAAGUAUCACUUCAGCAGGAGGACACCGGGAGGAAUUAGCAGAUUUGUGGGGCAGAUCCCACUGGAUAGGAAGUUGGACUUAAUUCAGAUUCCAAACUACAGCCUGCUUCCUUGUGCCCUCCAUAUAUUUUGAGGCCAUGUUGGCCUGGGUUGGUGGGAGUUUUAGUCCAAAGCAUAGGGAGACCACCAGGUUUGGAGGAGGCUGCUGUAGAGCCUGCUGGUUUCUGCCCUCCAAUUUCAUGGCAAAAUAGGCUGGGUUGCAUAAUAAUAAUAAUAAUAAUAAUAAUAAUAAUAAUUUAUUAUUUAUACCCCACCCAUCUGGCUGAGUUUCCCCAGCCACUCUGGGCGGCUCCCAAUCAAGUGUUAAAACAGUACAGCAUUAAAUAUUAAAAACUUCCCGGAACAGGGUUGCCUUCAGAUGUCUUUUAAAGAUAGGAUAGCUGCUUAUUUCCUUCACAUCUGAAGGGAGGGUGUUCCACAGGAUGGGUGCCACUACUGAGAAGGCCCUCUGUCUGAUUCCCUGUAACCUCACUUCUCGCAAUGAGGGAACCGCCAGAAGGCCCUCGGUGCUAGAUCUCAGUGUUCGGGCUGAACGAUGGGGGUGGAGACGCUCCUUCAGGUAUACUGGACCGAGGCCGUUUAGGGCUAUAAAGGUCAGCACCAACACUUUGUAUUGUGCUCGGAAACGUACUGAGAGCCAAUGCAGAUCUCUCAGAACCGGUGUUAUGUGGUCCCGGCGGCCACUCCUAGUCACCAGUCUAGCUGCUGCAUUCUGGAUUAAUUGCAGUUUCCGGGUCACCUUCAAAGGUAGCCCCACGUAGAGCGCGUUGCAGUAGUCCAAGCGGGAGAUAACUAGAGCAUGCACCACUCUGGCGAGACAGUCCGCGGGCAGGUAGGGUCUUAGCCUGCGUACCGGUUGGAGCUAGUAGAGAGCUGCCCUGGACACAGAAUUAACCUGUGCCUCCAUGGACAGCUGUGAGUCCAAAAUGACUCUCAGGCUGUGCACCUGGUCCUUCAGGGGCACAGUUACCCCAUUCAGGACCAGGGAAUCCCCCACACCCGCCCGCCCCCUGUCGUCCAAAAACAGUACUUCUGUCAUGUCAGGAUUCAACCUCAAUCAGUUAGCUGCCAUCCAUCCUCCAACUGCCUCCAGGCACUCACACAGGACCUUCACCGCCUUCACUGGUUCUGAUUUAAAGGAGAAGUAGAGCUGGGUGUCAUCUGCAUACUAUGUGAACCCGUCUCACAGGCUGUCUGGCAGGACAGCAAUAACAAAUAAAAAUAGUGAUAAUGUUACAAAACUCCUUUUGCGAGAAUUUAUUGAUGUGCAAGAACGUUCUUUGGGCUAAAUAAAUUACCCUGCGCUUCACCGUGGAAAGUUGAGCUGUUUGGUAUUUAAGACUGCUUGAACUGUCUAGUUCUUCUGAUUAAUUUAAUAAAUCCAAAGGUAGAAAGGUAGAAAGGUGUAACACACACACACACACACACACACACACACACAGUUUUGGAAGGGAAUGGAGAGAGAGAGAAAAUCUCUUUAUUAAGAUUAAUUGUGUCAUCCAGCUAAGAUAACUUGUUAAUGCUGUUAAUGCUUAGGCUGGGAUCUCUGUUUUGCACAUCAAGUGGCAAAUGAGGCCCACAAAGGGGAAAGUCUGGCUCUUUUGUAUUCAGUAGAAAUCUGUAUGGAGACACAAAUAAUAUUAUUAAUAAUUUCUAUAGUUCUUUGACAGUGCAAGGUGCUUUACAAUAUGUAUCUUAUUUGUCAGUAAUCCGUAAGAUAAACCUGUAUUUAAUACCAAACUAAGUGCUGAAUAGGGACGUGGAUGGCGCUGUGGGUUAAAUCACAGAGCCUAGGACUUGCCGAUCAGAAGGUCGGCGGUUCGAAUCCCCGUGACGGGGUGAGCUCCCGUUGCUCGGUCCCAGCUCCUGCCAACCCAGCAGUUCGAAAACACCUCAAAGUGCAAGUAGAUAAAUAGGUACUGCUCCGGCGGGAAGGUAAACGGCGUUUCUGUGCGCUGCUCUGGUUUGCCAGAAGCGGCUUAGUCAUGCUCGCCACAUGACCCGGAAGCUGUACACCGGCUCCCUCGGCCAAUAAAGCGAGAUGAGCGUGCAACCCCAGAGUUGGUCGCGACUGGACCUAAUGGUCAGGGGUCCCUUUACCUUUUUAAGUACUGAGUGCCAAUCAUGUUGAAAGCAAAAUGAUUUUGGGCCACCUGAAAAUAACAUAGUUGAUUCUGCAUACUCAGGAGACUCCCAAGGUACACAGAGGAAUAUAAGGGUGUAAGGCAAAAGAAAAAUUUUGUGUGUGUAGUUUUGAAAACAAACAAACAAACCCCCAAAUGGCCUGAUAGGGCUCUGUGAGCUUCCAGGACACAGAGGAUUUGACUUGUCACUUCAGAGGAAAAGGGAAACUGGAGAUGGAAGGUUGCUUCUAGGCAACCUUUUUUUUUUUAAAAAAGUAUUCUUUAUUAAUUUUCAGUGUUGUAUUACAAUAUGUUUUACAGUAACUUCGAUAAACAAACCAGCAAGAAAAAAAGUCACCCAUCACCUUGAAUUUGAAGUAAUAAAAGACCAAACCAGAAAAUUGCCAAUCCUGAUGACAUACUAAAAAUAAAUGAUAGAUGAAGACAUAAUAAAAAUAAAUAUGACAAUAUAUUUUUCUGGAGAAAAGAGGAAGUUUCAAAGGGAAAGUGGCGGAAAAUAAAAGAAAUUUAAAACCAGAUAGAUAUUAUUCAGCAUAAAAACAACAUUCAGCAUCACAGCAAUACUGAGUUGGGGGACUGCGAUCGUGUUCUUUAUUGUUUAUGUACGUAAUAAAAGAGUACCAAACAGCAACAAAUAUGUCAGAUUUUGAAAUGCCAUGCCCCUUUUUGAGUUACUUUCACCAUGAACGCUAAAUACCACACUUUAUGUGCUAGUAUUCUAAUGCUGCCCCCUUUAAAUCUUUCCAGUGUUUCACUAUUGGGCAGCUUUUAACAAGUGACCAACCAAGAUUUUGUUAUUCGUUUCACUACAGGAGCCUGAGAAGAGGGUUAGUAACAUUAUCCGUAGGGUUCUGUCAACGGGCUAUUGUACAAUUUUUUGAAUUAGGUCAAAAACCACGUUCCAAAAUACUUGCGCUCAUGGGCAGGACUGCCACAUAUGAUGAUAAGUACCAAGAAUUGUGUCAAGUUGAGACACAUUCAACAUAUAGGGGUGCAAUAUCAAAUGUGUCUCAACUUAAACAUGGAUUCUUUAACUUGGUUAGAGGCCAUGUGUACUAGUGGCUUGUUCCAGAAAUAAGAGCACUUGCUUUCCUCAAUUCACCCCCCCCCCCACCAUCCCACUCCCACAUCCAUUUAAGACUGGAUAUCUCCCCACCCCUUAGGUAGCUAACAUUAUUGUAAACAUUAUUGUAAACAGCCAUUAUUGUAAAUGGACAUUAUUGUAGACAGCCUAAAAGAUUAUGUCUUGUGUUCUGUGUCUGGCCACCAGUGUUACUGCUUCUAAUGCAGUUUGAUGCUUUGCAGUUUGCACCCUAGUUUGGGGGCAAGUGAGGAAAUCAUGUAGCUGCCUCUAUUGGAUCCAUGUAAUUGGGUUUCCCUCCAAUUGAGUCUGUAAUUUCUGUUCCACAAUGGGUCUGCUAUUAACAACAAAAAAAUUACAAUAUCAAAGCCAAAAAUAAAUAAAUAAAUCUCCUUUGACCUCCAAGACUGCCAGGAUACUUUUCCUGUGUUUAGUAAUAUAAAAGAAAGUAGAUUGUGCAGAAAUCAACUGGGAACCUCUAUGUUUCCAAAAGUUAAUUAAUGCAUUAGUAAAUGGAUUUUCUGCCAUUUGUUGCACGGUAAGUUUCUUAUUAAGGCCAAAAAAGCAAUGCACUAAUCGGAAGACCAUUUAUCACUUUAUUCUCCAGCUGCACCCAUCUUUCCCUUGUGCUAUCCAAGCGGAGGGAUAUUAGAUGUCAAAGCUGAUGGGCAUCAAAAUAUGUUCUUAAAUGAGGAACUCCCCACUCACUGCUUUUGUUGAUAUAACAGUGGCCUUUUAAUCCUAGGAUUCUUCUUUUCAAAAAUAAAAUCCACUGUUUCCUUUUGCCAAAUUGGCAAAAGUGUAUCAGAUAUCCAAACAGGUAAUACAUGAUAAAAGUAAUUUUGAGAACAGCAGUCAUUUUCACUGCCACAACGUUUACCAAAAAUGUCGGUUUAGAUUAUUCUAGGCAACCUGUUUAACAGAAUCAUAGAUUUGUAGAGCUGGAAGGGACCAUGAAGGUCAUCUAGUCCUACCCGCAGCAGUGCAGAAAUAUUUUGCUCAGUGUGGGGCUCAAACCCACAACCCUGAGAUUAAGAGUCUCAUUAUUUACUGACAGAGCAAUCGCUGCUAUGCUGAAGUGUGACAAGGUGACAAGGAUCAGGGAAAAAGGAAAGCUGAUGGUGAGAGGGAGAGGGAAGGCAGUCAGCCGAGAGCCCCACUGCAUUCUCCUAUAGGGAGCCAAAUAAUUUCCAUUUUUCUACACACAGAUGUCAGUGCAUCUCAUUGACGUUUAUGAAGGACAGUCACUGUGCUCUAAGUGGGACUAUUGAGGGGUAAUAGCAAGGAAGGAGAGUCCAUAACCUCUUGAGGGAGUUCAUUCCACUGUCGAACAGCUGUCAGAAAGUCCUUCCUGAUGUUUAGUCAGACUCUCUUGUAACUUGAAUCCAUUGGUUCGGGGCCUACCUUCCAAAGCAGAAGAAAACAAGCUUGCUCUAUCCUCCAUGUGACAGUCCUUUAGAUAUUUGAAGACAGCUAUCAUAUCUCCUCACAGCCUCCUCUUUCCCAGGCUAGAUGUACUCAUUUUCCUCAACCAUUCCUCAUAAGGCUUGGUUUCCAGACUCUUGAUCAUCUUGGUCGCCCUCCUUCUCUGCACAUUCCAGCUUGUCAAUAUCCUUCUUAAACUGUGGUGCCCAGAACUGGACACACAGGACUCCAGGUGCACCUCUCACAUCUGAAUGGUGAGAAGUUCUAUGGUUGCUGAAGCUGCCAGGUUCAAUCUCCAGGUAGGGCUGGGAAAGUCCCCUGUCUGGAACCCUGGGAAGCCUCUGCCAUUCAUUCUAGACCAGGCAUAGGCAAACUUGGCCCUCCAGGUGUUUUUGGGACUAUAACUCCUAUCAUCCCUGGCUAACAGGACCAGUGGUCAGGGAUGAUGGGAGUUGCAGUCCCAAAACAUCUGGAGGGCCGAGUUUGCCUAUGCCUGAUGUAGACAAUAUUGAGCUAGAUGGACCAAUGAUCUGAUUUAGUCUAAGGCAGAUUUUCAUGUUCUUAUGAAACCAGAGGCAGGUGUUCUUAUGAAACCAGAGGCAGGUAUGCCAUAUUAUUAAUAGUAGCCCCUUGCUUCCCCCCUCUCAUUAGAUCCACAGGAGCAAGUAAAUAUGUAUUUUGUAUUGCAUAUGUAAAUAAAUAUUGUAUAUACAAAUAGAUAGGUAUAGGCUUGCCAUAUGUCAGGAAAAUUCCUGACAUGUCCCGGACGUAUGACAACAUGAUGGAAAAAACAUCGAAAACAGGUUUCCUCUUAAAAGUUCAACAAUUUUGGGGGUCUUCCUAAAAAAAAAAAAGCAAUAGGUGUACAGUGGUACCUCGGGUUACAUACGCUUCAGGUUACAGACUCCGCUAACCCAGAAAUAAUACCUCAGGUUGAGAACUUUACUUCAGGAUGAGAAAGAAAUCGUGCUCCGGCAGCGCAGUGGCAGCGGGAGGCCCCAUUAGCUAAAGUGGUGCUUCAGGUUAAGAACAGUUUCAGGUUAAGAACGGACCUCUGGAACGGAUUGAGUACUUAACCCGAGGUACCACAGUGUUGCAUUGACAGCCACUUUGCUUGCAACUGAUUAGGUAGUUGAUGCUAUGGUAACCUCUGUUCAAUCAGCCUCAUGCCAUCUAUGUUGAUUAUUCCAGUUAUGUCACUACUCGAUCCAAGCUCAUCUCUCUGGGUGUUGGGGAGGGGGAUGGAUGGAUGGAUGGACAGCAGCCUGUUUGAAACAUAUUUCCCUUUUAAUCAAGCUCGGGCUUUUGUGCCAAGUUUGCAAAUUAUAUUGAAUCUCAGUGGCACCCAUCAUUCCAAGACCAGGGCGCAGUCUACAUUGGGAGCAGGGAAGGGCUUUCAUCUGCUAGGAUCGGCACGCGAUAACCAGGCUACAAGCACAGGAGCUGUGUAAUAGCUCCGUGCCGCUCUUUUGAAUACCCAGCAGGCAAAAGGGAAAAGCCUACCCUUGGAACCUGAAGGAGUCUAAUUUGAGGAGUCUUGCGGAUUUCUUUCCGCAGCGGUUCUAAGCAUCCUUGCCCCUAGUGACCUAAUUAUGUCACCUGCAUGCCGAACGAAAAACUUUGUUCUUAAGCAAGACUGCCACAAGGCUUGUGGGCUUUGUAGCGAAAUUCCCCUGUAAAUUGGAUUUCAACUGCCUGCAGUUGCUGAGAGCUGCUGACUUCAUCAGUUUAUCUAAGGUUAGGAAGCUCAGCUGGGGUUUUCUGUUUGUUUGCUUGUUUGUUUGUUUUUAGUUUUGCAGUUUUCCUGCUCCCUUCCUUUCCAAAAGGCCAAGGAGGCAAUGAUAAAACCCAUUUGUCUUUUUAAUCUUUGCCUUGUAAUUAGAGCCAAGAAGAGUAGGGACGGAAGAUGCCAAACAAGAGCUUGCUUCCUUCCCCCCUCUUUAAAGGUUCUUUAAGCCUGUCAUGGAGCCUCAGGAGAGAGGAAUGAAAAGAAGGGAAGACAAUCAGGGACAGAAAAAAAAGAAUCGCCCAGCAAAAUGAAGAUUUAAACACGCUAAUUUUAUUCCGGUUGGAGAGGGAAUCCCCACUUGCACUAAAUCCCACCUUUUAAAAUACAGAAUGAACCACUAAUGGUUUCUAAGAAGAAACUUCUGAUUGUACUUCUCCUUUAUUACACACAGCACAAGACCCCAGAGAAUUUCAUGGUGAGUCUGAAAGGGCUUUUCUAUCUGAUUUUUAUUUAAGAGUAAACAUUCCUGUAAGUAUCAAGGGUCCGGUGUUUUUAAGACUCUGUGCAGUACAGCUGCUCUGUGGUGCAAAAUCUCUUCAGGAUGCAAACGGCCCCUUUACUGCCAGCCAGCAUGACCAUGUACUUCAUAGUGAAUAUCUUGGAAUACCCAAUCCAUAUCAUUGAUAUCCUGGCACAGCAAGCCUUAAUUAAAAUCUCCAUGUGUUAACCAGCUUGAACGGUUUGUUCUGUGGGUUGAAUGAUCCAACACAAAGUUUUGAGAGAUUUUUCUGUGUGUUUAAGAGGAGCACUGCCAUCAGAAUCCAGUCAGGUAACAACUUUUUUAGGACUAACCCAAAAUGUCACAAAAUAGUGAGCAAACUAUUUAUCACUUCAGACCUCAGCAUCAAUGUCUGUGAUGUAGGGGGAUGGUUUGGUGUUGAAGACAUAAUGUCUGCACUUAUUCACAAUCUCCUGGGAAAUGUAUUGUAGUAGUAGUAGUAGUAGUAGUAAUAAUAAUAAUAAUAAUAAUAAUAAUAAUAAUAAUAAUACUGUAAUGAUCAUUUAUACCCCGCCACUCUGGGCAGCUCUCAACAGAAUAUUAAAAAUACAAUAAAGCAUCAAACAUUAAAAACUUCCCUAAACAGGGCUGCCUUCAGAUGUCUUCUAAAAGUCAGAUAGUUGUUUAUUUCCUUGACAUCUGAUGGAAGGAUGGGCGCCACUACUGAGAAGGCCCUCUGCCUGGUUCCCUGUAACCUCACUUUAUUGUUUUUACACAUUUUUAACCUUCCUUGGGGUUCUGAACAAGGAAAGGCAGGAUAAAAAUUGGCUCGCAAAACAAUUGAAUACAUACAUACAUACACACACACACACACAAAAUAAAAAAGUUCCUUACAGUAGCACCUUAGAGACCAACUAAGUUUGCUAUUGGUGUGAGCUUUCGUGUGCAUGCACAUUUCUUCAGAUACCUUAGUAAAGUUAAAGGGACCCCUGACCAUUAGGUCCAGUCGUGGCCGACUCUGGGGUUGCGGCACUCAUCUCGCUUUAUUGGCCGAGGGAGCCGGCAUACAGCUUCCGGGUCAUGUGGCCAGCAUGACUAAGCUGCUUCUGGCGAACCAGGGCAGUGCAUGGAAACGCUGUUUACCUUCCUGCCGGAGCGGUACCUAUUUAUCUACUUGCACUUUGAUGUGCUUUCAAACUGCUAGGUUGGCAGGAGCAGGGACUGAGCAACGGGAGCUCACCCCGUCGUGGGGAUUCGAACUGCCGACCUUCUGAUUGGCAAGUCCUAGGGUCUGUGGUUUAACCCACAGCUCCACCCGCGUCCCUUACACACAGAUAGUGGGAGAUAAAUUCUUUCCUAGCCCAGGAAAUUAGAUCUUUCAGGUUCACGAACAGGCUGAAAUCCUCAACUAUCAUUUAAAGAACCAUAAUGCAAGCAGGUUUCAUAAGGUUUAUCUUACCAAAUAUUAUGAUAUGCUUGUGCUUGUUUUAGAUUGUGCAGAUUGCGUUGUAGAUUGUGUUGAGAUUGUGUUUCCCUUGUAAAAGUGAUAAAUACAUUUACAAAAACACCAUAAGUCUUCAUUGUUACAGUGCAGUUGUGCACUUUGAGGUGAGGAGGGAGACAUAAUCUAUCAAUGGCUAUUAGUCAAAAUCGCUAUGUGGAACUUCCAUGGACACCGAAUAUUCGUUUCUUGGAAGCCCGUUGCUCUGUCCCAGCUCCUGACAACCUAGCAGUUCGAAAGCACACCAGGGCAAGUAGAUAAGUAGGUACUGCUGCAGCGGGAAGGUAAACAGUGUUUCCAUGCGCUCUGGUUUCCAUCAGUGUUCUGUUGUGCCAGAAGCGGUUUAGUCAUGCUGUCCACAUGACCCGGAACACUGUCUGUGGACAAACGUCGGCUCCUUUGGCCUGAAGUGAGAUGAACACUGCACCCCAUAGUCAAGUUUGACUGGACUUAACUGUCCAGGGGUCCUUUACCUUUACUUUUACCUUGGAAUCAACAGAGCAAGUGACAAGGGUCUCUUGCCUUUAAAUUCUGUUGCUGGACUUAUGGGGGCGGCAAAUUAUUAUUAUUACUAUUCAUUUCAUUUUUAUUUCAUUUUUAGGAAACAUUUCAUUUUUAGGAAAAAAUCUCCAGCGUGUUUAAACAACACAUUAAAACUUCAGAUAAAACAAUCCAGAAUAAAAUGUUGCUGAAUAACGUCAAAUAUAAAAGAUACAUUCAAAGCAACAUAAUUAACAGGAACCUAAAAUGUUAUCUUAAAGAUUUCAAAAUAGAACAUUGCAAGGGAGGUCAACUACACAGUACACAUUUAACGUGCGCCACCCUAGGUGCCCGAUCGGCUUGCUCCGCCGCCGGUGACAGGCAAAUGGCCACAGCAGAAGCGGGCUUCUAGAUCAGACAAACCUUUGGCCUAGGAGGGCUCUUACUCCAUGAGAAGGGACUCACACAGCUAGAUGAAUUACCUCUGUUGGAUGCCACCAAACUGUGAGCUCAGUGCAUCGCAUGUGCACACAACCGACACUAUUUGCCAGUUGCCACUUAUGAAGAAGCAAGGGCUUAAAAAUGCACAGAUGUCUGCUGGGUAACAUUAACCUCAUUCAGUCUCUGUGCUGAAUAAUUAAAAUAAACUAUCUAGCCUUAAACUAUAUGUAUAUAGACUGUUAGCAGAAGUCAUUAUUAGUACACUGUCCUGCCACGCUGGCGUAAACCUUUCUGGACCUCAGCAUGCCUGAUUAAAUAUUUAGCGAAUAUUGUUCUACCAAAAAAUUAACAGUUUUCAUCUCCUUCUUUCUUGCAGCUGGUAGUCUCCAAAGUCCUUUUAAUCCUUAAAUACUGGCAUCUCUGUGUAUGUGUGUGUAAAAGCCAAUUUGGAACAACAUGUCACACUGAAAAGGCAAGAGUGGCCUUGACUGUCAGGAGCAGACAGCAGGUCUUGUCCACUAACCUAGUUAUGUCUGUGAGUGCAUCCCUUUAUUUCCCCCAAAUCGGUGAAUGGACGGCAUUCACGCCUAAAUGGAAAAGUGAAGUCUAGCCUCCAUCUUUUAACACUGAAGUCCUUUCCACAUGGUCUAGAAAAUGUACAAUGAGCGCAUGGAAUAUCAUCUGUGGUCUCCACCCAUUGCAUCUUCAUGCUUAGAGGCUUUGUGUGCAUAGCGUAGGCGUGUUCAGGUUAUAGAUGUAGUUGUUACUGCAUACUGUCUUUGAAAUAUUUUGUUGUAAACACCCCAGGGAAUGUGUAUUUGUAGAUAGCUACAUACAUAAAACUAAUAAAUAAUGUGUGAUAGCCAAAGUGAGUCGUCCUCAAAGUAGACCCAUUGAAAUCAGUGGGCUUAAGUUAUACAUGUUAAUUUCAGUAGGUCUACUCUAUGACUUAGAUGGAAAUCACAACAACAACAACAACAACAACAACAACAACAACAAUAGCCUCUCAGAACAUUUCUUGGGAGAGGAAUUGCAUUGCAUCGACUAUCUAUGAUUUUUAAUUUAUUCUCUGCCUUUUUCUUUUUCUUCUUCUUUUUUGUACCACAGCGUUUUCCCUGCAUUAUUUUCAUGCACUCUGAUAACUGGCCGAUAUAUCUCCUGUGGUGGCUGGUUCCACUUAAUCAUCUGGGAUUCACCGUGGUAUUGAAAAUGGUUUUGUAGAUUCAGUGUUUGAUGGGAGAAAAGGUUCCUCUUUUGGGCACCAUUGCGGUUCUGUUCAAUCUAUUUCCCUGUGUGUGUGUCAUCAUGGCAGAAGAACCUGAGGCAAUUGCAUGGUAGAUUCUUUGCUUUUUCUUGUGUAAUGACAAUUCUAAUUUUAUCUCUGCACUCCUGGAAUGUAUUAGAGUGAAAAUUGACAUUAAAGGAUGCAGCAGAAGGAACUGAAAUGAAUAUAACUUGACUAGCCUGUGGCAAAGAUCUGUACCUGUGCAGACUAGCUAGCUUCUGACACAUCCAUGUCAUGAGCGGAAGAAGGAGGGAAUGUCUGAGGUAUUUAUUCAUUUUUUCUCUCUGUGAGAACACAGUAAUUUAGGUGUAGGCCACAAGAAGGCUUCAUCUUUAAAGGCUGCGCUCACAGGCUUAUUGUUUGUCGUGAUUGGAUUCCCAAAUAUCCAUUGAAGGUGUUUGACGCUUUGCCAAGCUAGAUCCACAUCCUCUUUUGAGCCCUAAUGUAAUUUUGAAUGUUGAUCAUUGGCAUAAUAUUUAUUCAAUCCUUGUAUAAUAUAUAGAAAAUUAUUUCAGGCCAAUCUUAAAUGCCAGGAUAGGGAGACAGAUGAUUGUAGUACUGGACCUGUGGGCACAUUACAUUCCUUUAUGUGGAAAGACGUUUUGAGUGUACACCUUAAAAUACAAAGUGUGAAUGUGACAAGCACAUACACAAAUGUCCCUUCAGCUAUUGUUACACCUCCAUUGGCUGGUGGCUUAUAUUUUAUCUUUCUUUUGAGGGCCAUUCAUUUGGUGUUCAUAUCUUCUUGGGUCAGGAGUUGGGUGGCAGGAAAUGAACUGCUUUGUCUGUAAUUUCACAACUCCAGUAAGUCUCUGGAAGACUUGUGUUGUACAGGGAAUGUGUCAGUUGUGAUUGGUUGCAGGUGCCUUGAUUUUUACACCCAGAACCACUUCGUUUAAAGUUUCCAUCUGUUUCUGGGCUAUGGGUGCACAUAAAACAGAGAAGGACUAGCAAGGAGAAGUUAUGUGCUAACUCUCAUCUCUAAAAGUCUGACUCUCUACUCCCGUAAACAACCCGAGGGGCAUGUGGGGUUAAUGACAGUUCGGCAGUGACAGGCUCCACCCUAGCAGUAAAUUCAAUGCAGCUUUUCUUCCACCAUCCCUUCUUCCAUACAAAUUCGACUUCAAAAACGCUGAUGUGUGCUAGAACUUUGGAAGAGCUCUGCUGGAUCAAGGCAAAGGUCCUUCUAGUCCAGUAUCCUGUUUUUACAGUGGUUAACUAGAUGACAGUGGGACGCGGGUGGCGCUGUGGGUUAAACCACAGAGCCUAGGACUUGCUGAUCAGAAGGUUUGCGGUUCGAAUCCCCACGACGGGGUGAGCUCCCUUUGCUCGGUCCCUGCUCCUGCCAACCUAGCAGUUCGAAAGCACGUCAAAGUGCAAGUAGAUAAAUAGGUACCACUCCAGCGGAAAGGUAAAUGGUGUUUCUGUGCGCUGCUCUGGUUCGCCAGAAGUGGCUUAGUCAUGCUGGCCACAUGACCCGGAAGCUGUACGCCGGCUCCCUUGGCCAAUAAAAUGAGAUGAGCGCCGCAACCCCAGAGUUGGUCACGAUUGGACCUACCGUAAUGGUCAGGGGUCCCUUUACCUUUACCUUUUUAACUAGAUGACAACAGGAAGCUGAUAAGGAAGAUCUCCCCACUUACAGUUCCAGGCAACUCACAUUCAGAGAAACAUCUUUAGCUCAAGCUGCCCAUCGAGGUUUCAAAGUUAAGUGAAGAACAUGACAUAUCUUGUUUUCCUGCUUUGGUCAAGCAUUUUGUGUGUUAGCCGUGCUGGUAAUACAUGCUGUUAUCUUUCUGGACGCUGUUCAAAUAAGGCUGUUUCCUGGAACUUACAUAUUUAUGAUAACCUCAGGCCAUCUGCUGAUCUGCCACCAAUCUCACAACCCAGAUAAAUAUAUAUAUAUAUAUCUAACAUGAGCCUUUCUUAUCAUGAAAACACUAUUUCUAAUAAUAUGUCUUAUAUGCAUGAGGUUUUUUUGUUAAAUGAAAUGAACACUUUUAAAUCUCUUCACACCCAAAACCAAGCUUGGGGAUGGGAAUGAAAACUAUCAAAUUCUUUUCUUGGUCUGUGCAACAUAAACAAGCUGAUAAACAAUAUGUAAAUGAAGAUGUUUUAAGGCACUGCACAUGCAUGUGUGUGUGUAUAUAUGUAUAAAUUAUAUAAAAAUUAGGCAUCAUGUAAAAAGUCUUGAGAAAGCUAUUACUUUUAAGCCAGACAUGGUCUUUAAGUUGACUGAUAAAAAUAUAUGCAAUUAUGUUAAUGGGGUUUUGAAGCUUUAAGAAAAAUAAAUGACUUCUGCUUUUAGAUUAUGAAUAGUAAAAAUAUGACAGAAGCUGUAGGACUUACGACACACCAGUUCUAAAUAUUUGACAGCGUGUCUGUCUUUGGGGUAUAGUAUAGCAUCUCUACAAUAUUAAUAUGAAAUAAUUAGUGCAUUAUAAUUAGUGCAACUACAACACAAUGGUUAGUGCAUCCCAUCUUAAGCAUUGAUGCUGCAAGUUAGGAGAUGUAGCGAGUUUGGAGAUCAAGGCCUAAAAAGAUUAUUUUCUAACAUAUUCAAAAAGAAUGUGACUUAAGAUAUAAUAGCUCUCUUUCUCACUCUGCAUGGGUGUGUGUAUAUAUGUGUGUGUGUGUGUGUAUGUAUGUGAAUAAACAAUACAGUGGUGCCUGGGGUUACGAACUUAAUUCAUUCCAGAGGUCCGUUCUUAACCUGAAACUUUUCUUAACUUGAGACACCACUUUAGCUGCGGCAUGAUUUCUGUUCUCAUCCUGAAGCAAAGUUCUUAACCCGAGGUACUAUUUCUGGGUUAGCAGCGUCUGUAACCUGAAGCGUCUGUAACCUGAAGCAUCUGUAACCCAAGGUACCACUGUAUCCUGCCAUGCCCAUCAAUCUUGAAAAUGUCCAUCAAUCUUGAAAAGCUUGAAAGAUGCACAAAUGUGGGAUACUGUCACCUCUCUUGAAUGUGUGAUGUACACAAUACAUGGGAGUAGUGCUUCAUCUGAUACACCUCAAGUGGAGGACUGACUGAUUAGUUGAAGCUUUGGCACUGAUGGAAGCUAUAGCUGUUUUCAUAAAUUGGGCUGUGAAUCUUUGGAUGCAGGGCUGAGAAACGUUCACAUCUCCUCCUUCCCACCACAUGGACAAGGACAUGGUUGGAAACAUGGUUGGAGUCAUCUUCAUGGCCUGUCGGCUUGCCAGGCUGCCAAUACCUUGGCAGCACCAUCAAAGCAGGUGCACAGGCAUCCAAUAGAAAGAAUGUAAAGCUCUCUGUUGCCCAGGAGUAAGAGAAACAGAGAAGCCUGCAAGAUGCAGGCAGGGAAGAAGGUGUGGAGAAAAGAAAGUCCUUUCUUAGACUGGGUGAUGGGACUGAGUGGCGGACAGUUUGGUCACUGCCUUCUAAGACUUCAUGUCAUUCAUGUCAAUCUCAGUAGCCCUCUUCAGUACAGUACAGUACAGUACAGUACAGUGUGUGUGUGUGUGUGUGUGUGUGUGUGCGCGCACACACACACACACACACACACACCAUAAUUAUUUGGGGAUAGUAAACCACAGAGCCUAGGACUUGCCGAUCAGAAGGUCAGCGGUUCGAAUCCCCGCGACGGGGUGAGCUCCCAUUGUUCGGUCCCAGCUCCUGCCAACCUAGCAGUUCAAAAGCACACCAGUACAAGUAGAUAAAUAGGUACCGCUCCAGUGGGAAGGUAAAUGGCCUUUCCGCCAUUCUGGUUUCACCAGAAGUGGCUUAGUCAUGCUGGCCACAUGACCCAGAAGCUGUCUGUGGACAAACGCUGACUCCCUUGACCUGUAGAGCGAGAUGAGAGCCGCAACCCCAGAGUCGUUCGUGACUGGACCUAACGGUCAGGGCUACCUUUACCUUUUAAAUAACUUGCAGAGCCUACACAAAUAGAGAAGGCUCCCUGCAUCAUAUUUUCAGCCUUCAACUUGUGGAGAUGAGGGCAUGUGGUGGGGCUGGGGCAAUGGAUUCAUUCUCAAGACUCUGCCUCCUACCACAGCAUGUGGGUUUAUGUGCACAUUAAGCUGUACACCCAAAUAAAUCAGAGGUCCAGCUCCAAUGGAUGUGAUUCCAUUGCUUUCUCCGCAUUCAGUCAACAUGUGGAAGGAAAGCGUGAACAGGGCUAGAGUGUCCUUCCUCACACUUCUGGAUUCCCAGGACAACAGGCGUUUGGAGCAGCUUCUCGUUUUCUGGAUGAUGUGUUGGACCAGGAUGGUUUCCCCCUUGGCAUGAUGUCUUGGAGGGAAGAGGCUGUGACCUCUCAGUGGCCCUUGAUCCUCUGGCAGGGGGCAGGAGUUGGAGUGCUCUUCUUCUUGCUUCUCCAGUUCUCAGGGCAACCUAUGUGUUAAAGUCUAUCAUUUGUUAUUCAUUCAUUAAUUGGGAACUAACACAUUGUAAGUAGCUAAGCUACCUUUGCAAUACUUUUAUGGCCUGAAGAUUCCUGUGGCUUUGAGAAGCAUUUCUGCCAUAUUAACAAGAACUUGUUAUUCCUUAACGAGGCAAUCCAAGACAAGCUUCUAAAUAAGCGAAAUACUUAUUUGUGCGGAGAAUAGCCAUUUUAAUUAGAUGUUUCUAGAGACAGCGGAAUAAUGUCCAUUGUAUCAGGUCACCUUUAAUCACAUUCAGGAAGAGGUGUUCGUAAAGCUUGAGGCAACGCAAGCAGGGCAAUGUGUAUAUUAAUGUUCUGCUUCUACAUGCCAAUUUCUUAACUCCUGCAGCUGUUCCAGAAAAGCACUGUCCCUUAAUCUAAUCCUAGUUGCCCUUUUGGCCUCAUUCUUGUGCCCUAUCUAUUUAAUGAUCCUUCUCAUUCGUCUCUAUCCCUUCUGUUGGUCACAACAGGGUUUUGGGGCGUGAGGGUGGGGAAUCCACCCAGUGAGAGAACCUGUUGAUUUCAAGGGAAACCAAAGGUUCCUCAAACCUGAGGAACUCCUCUUAACAUUUAGCCACCAGUCUAGCUUUAGGUUGAUGUACUGUCUUUCACCUGUUCUUUUAUUUGUGUGUAUCAAAGAAGGAUAUCAGGAUCUUUUGAUUCUGAUUUUAAACAAAGAGCAUUUCUAUGUUGCAUCUGAACUGUGGGUUUAAUGCUAGUGACUGAGAACACACCAGGAUUGUGCUGUGGUUUCAGUGAUGGGGAGCUAUAGUUUGUUUAAACAUGGGUGGACAAAAACAAAGAGGUAGCAACAGGAGGGAGAAGUAUGCAAACCUAGUGCUCAUGCAAGCACAGAGCAAGAAACCAUGGUUUCCUGCUAUGUCAGAACUAGGCCACCAACUAGGAGCCAUUGAUAGACUUCUACCUUCUCUUGCUGUUGUUCAUCUGUGACUGGUUUUCAGAGGCAUGGUGCUCUUGGUCUUGGAAGUGGUGUACAGGCAUUAUGAUUUGCAGUAAUUGAUAGCCUUUUCCUCCACAACUAGGUCUCUUUUUAGAGCCUUCUAAGCCAGUGGCCAUCACCACAUCUUGUGGCAGUGAAUUCUGUAAUUCGCCUCAGGCGCUUCUCUUCUCACUUAAAUUACCUGAAGUUCUUUGUAAGGAUUUCUGUCUAAUAUGCAUGUGUUAGAUUGAAUGGAUUUUCAGAGGAGGAGGAAAUAGGUCUGUCCCCUUGUUAACCUGAGAAAAAUAAUUUAGUUUCUUCCAAGGUAUCACCAUUAUAAGCAAUAUUAUGAUUCUAAAACUUGUCCUUAUUUUUUAAAAUCAUUUUUAUACCACUCUUGAUUUAAGAACAAACAAAACCAAGAUGGUUUGCAGCACAUAAAUAUCCAUGGUAUGGAACAUGCUCCCUGCUGGCUUUUGUUUAAACAGGCACUCCCUUGAACUGAGCCUCCUGUUUUAAUUGCUAUGUUUUUUCAGCUGGAUUGUUUUAUUGCCUAUUUUAAUUAUGGGUGUUCAUAUUUUAAUGUUUGCGUAACUGUUUUUUAUACUUUGUUAACCAUCUAGAAGCCUGUUUGGCAAUAAGUGGAAUGAAUAUAUAACAACAACAAUAAAUAUAAAAAUCUAAUAAUUACAGUAAAUACUGCAACAGCUGCAGUAGCUGGACAAUUCUCAGUAGCUUAUUAUUGAAGGCCUAGUUGAAUAAAUGCAUUUUUAGGAGGUGCCAGAAACUCAGCAGAGUUAGCACCUGCCUUAUUUCAAGGCGGAGAUGAUUCCACGAGCCAGCUGCCACAGCACAAAGCCCUGCCCCACAGAUGGAAAGUCAAGUGGACUCUUGCAGGCUGUGACACAGCCAGGAGGGCCCAGUAUACCUGAAGGAGCGUUUCCACCCCCAUCGUUCUGCCCAGACACUGAGGUCCAGUCCUGAGGGCCUUCUGGCGGUUCCCUCGCUGCGAGAAGCAAAGUUACAGGGAACCAGGCAAAGGGCCUUCUCGGUAGUGGUGCCUGCCCUGUGGAACGCCCUCCCAUCAGAUGUCAAAGAAAUAAACAACUAUCUGACGUUUAGAAGACAUCUGAAGGCAGCCCUGUUUAGGGAAGUUUUAAAUGAUUGAUGUUUUAAUGUACUUUUAAUUUUUUGCUGGAAGCCACCCAGAGUGGCUGGGGAAACCUAGCCAGAUGGAUGGGGUAAAAAUAUGUUGUUGUUGUUGUUGUUGUUGUUGUUGUUGUUGUUGUUGUUGUUGUCAUCAUCCUGAGGUCUCACAAAUCAGGCAGGUCUGUAUGGGAACAGGGGCUCCUUAAAGUAACCAGGUUGCAAAUUGUUUUAGGACUUAUCAGUGACAGAACCUUAAACCUGGUCGAGUAGCAAGUUGGCAGCUAGUGCUGUUCUUUGAAUGUCACCUGUUCACAAUGCUGCUCCAGUUAACAGUCAAACUGCUGGGUUUACCUCAGGCUGCAGCUUCCAGAUCAACCUUCAUUUAUACCAGCCAUUCUAGAAGGGUGGUUUAUAAACUAUAGGUGAAGUUAAUUUUCUCACACACCCCUCCAAAAAAUAUGCUCCUCAAAAAUUUGUAGAAUUUUUGCUUUUCAUUUAACAUUGCGAUGGUAUUGAGCUUUUUACAGCAAUUGAUGGCUAACAAUUUAUGAAGUUUUGAUCCAUGCCAGAUCAAAGGAAUUCAAGACGUGCAUGUCUGAAGCUCUUUGUUUUGAGGAUAACAUUUCACAUUUCUGGUUUGAAUUCAAAUUCCCAAGGCAAAGUGAAAUUUCACAUCAACAUUUUAUGUGAUGCAGUUGGGUGAAUUUACUUGGAUUACUUGUGCAUUUGUCUCUGGUUAGAACUGAUUAGUUUUGCAGGAGGGUUCUGCCUCCAUGGUCAGAAGCCAGCGAGGAGGCUAGGGGAAAAUUAGCUGUGGGGUCUCAGAGCGGGUAAUCUUCAUAAAAGGGGAGGGGGAGGGAAGAGAAGAGAAGGGAAGGGAAAUAAAAGAUCAGGCUGAGUUCAAAUUAAAGGCCAGGCGGAAUAGCUCUGUCUUACAGGCCCGACGGAAGGAAGUUAAAUCCUGCAGGGCCCUGGUCUCAUGGGACAGAGCAUUCCACCAGGUUGGAGCCAUCACUGAGAAGGCCCUGGCCCUGGUGGAGGAUAGUCUGACUUUCUUAGGGCCUGGGACCUCUAAACUAUGGUUAUUCAUGGACCUUAAGGUCCUCUGAGGGGCAUACCAGGAGAGGCAGUCCCGUAAAUGUUUGUGGAGUUAUACUGCGGAAUACUGUUUGCCUGUGGCAAACUGUAUCCCUUACCCCUUUAAAAUUUUGCUUUUCAAAAUCUCUCUCUUUACACAUGCAGAAGAGAGCCCUAGGUAGGUUGGUUACAUGGAAAGGAAGCCUUUCAGUUGCUCUGCACUUUGCUCCAGAAGUGGCUAAGCUGUGGCCUGUCAAAUUGUUGUUGGACCACUGCCCCCAUUGGCUGGCCAGCUUGCCCCAUGGUCCUUGGACUACAGCUCCCAUCAUCUGGAAGGUGGUGGACUUUCCUUCACUGGAAGUUUUUUAACAGAGGUUGGAGGGUCAUCUGUAAGAGAUUCUUUAACUGUCCUUCCUGCAUUGCAGGGGGCUGGACUAGAUAACCCUUGAGGUCCCUUCCCGCUCUACAAUUCUAUGAUUCUGUCCCGGACCACUGGUCAUGCAGACCACAGGUUAACAACCCCUGCUUUUAACCCCAAAGAGGAACAGCUGGUCGAGACCUUUGGAUGUCAUCGGAUCAGGUCCUUGUCCAGGAGCAAAUACAGGAACCCUGUAACUUUGGCCACUUUUAAAAUUAAACUUCAGAGCCAUAUAACAUUACAACACAGGAUUCUAAUAUAAGCCUGUGAGAAACUGUGGGCUGCUUUUAUGAUUCUUGCAGCAUUAUCUGUCUCUGAUGAUGAUUUUAUGUAGCUCUUGAUUCAUGGCUGCAGAAUGGGAUCCAGUGGAAUGUAAAAUGCCAGUUAUGUUUUUAAAGCCGUAAUUCAAGAGCGGCAAUAAAGGAGAAAGGUUCGUUUCCUCUCCGCUUGCAUCUUCACACAUGGGCCUGCAUGAAAAAGAAUAUAUAAGCAUUCAGUCUUCGAAUAGCCAUGCAAGCAAGGUGGCAAUAUUAAACCUUUGAAAGUGUUCUUUCAGAUUUCUUUUUUUAAAAAAAGUUUUUGGGCUGUUUAGACUUUAUGGGUCAUUAUUUUAUGGUAAACAAGUGGAUUUUUAAACUUGGAACAGUUGGGAUAUUGUUCUCAUCUGUUUCAUCUGAACAAGCCCAAGACAAUUGUGAAAAGCGAUGCAAGGCCUGCUAUAAAAAUGAGCAAAACUCUGAAAGUAAUUAAACAGCAUUUUCAAGGCCGAAGGCCUUUCCGGAGGAUUAAUGACUAGCUGAGAAGCACUUGAUAGCCUCCACCCAGGACAUUAAGCCAGCCUGAUUGCUUGAAACAUCUUCCGGCAGUCCAGUCAUCUUAGAUUUUAAUGCAUGCCUCUCAUAUUAAAAUGUCAUUUCUUGUUUCCAGACAAAGUAGAUUGCUCUCGACGAAGCCACCUCUGCUGCCUUUGCAGUUCUAUAAAAUGCAUUUGCAGAUUAUCACAUCGUUCUUGAUGAACGAGGAGGGAGAGAGAGCAGUUGCUCAUGUUGUUCCUCUUGAGAAAUCAAGAAUAACUAUGGGCUCCCUUGCGCUGAUCUUUGCUACCAUUCAUCUUGAUUUGGUGCGACUUUAGCCCACAUUUUUUUUGCCUGCAGUGUCUGCACAAGAAGCACAUCUCAGAGGCGGCGUGUUCCAUUACGAAUUCCAUUAUGAAUUCAAUUAUUCUCGAAAGAAUCCCAUUUUGAGAAGAGAUCAAAUCAAACUUCUAGUGUUACAAAGUAUGCACUGAAUUAUCUUUUUAAUUAAUACUGGGACUUCUGUGGCUCAGUCAUGUCCUUGUGCCCUCCCUCAAAAGCAUUUGUCAACUCCCCUUAUACAAAAGGUAAUGCAUGUACCCAGAUGAGCCAAUGUUCCACUGGUUUGUUUAUAGAUAAUGCUCAAUUCAUCUCUUGAUCCUUUUGUCCCAGGACUUUUUAAAUGGAUGAUUUGCAGGGUUAAGUAGCAGAGUGGCCCUUUAAUGAAUCAUCAUCAUAAUCAUCAAUAAAUAAAUUUAUAGACUGAUUUAUGGCAUAAAGCUGUAGGAAGAGAUUUACAGGGUGAAAAUAGAAUAAAACACAGAAACACAAACCCUAAGAACAAUAAAGUCUAUGCAACAAAUUCUAACCCAAUAAAGCCAUCCAUACAAAUUCAAAAAAGAAAAAGAAAAUAUUUCAUCAAAUAUAAAAUUGAUCUUCCAUAAAUGACUGGGUUAUACCUUACAGAAAGCCUUCCUAAACAAAAAUGUCUUUAGUGGGCACCUAAACACCACCAUGCUAGGUGCCUGUCUAAUUUAGGCUGGUAGCAGAUUCCAAAGAGCUGGCACUGAAAGCCCAGUUUUUAACACAAGCAACAUUCACCUCAAGGGCAAUGUCCCAUAUCAUGGGCAAGGCAGUCUCCUAGAUACCUGAUUCCAAAUUUAUGGCUUUAAAUGGGCUGAAGGGUAGAGCUGAGUGGAAUGAACUGAGAGGCAGUGGGGACAAAAUGAAGGGGAUUUAAUAAUGGAUGUAUGGCUCAAGAUAGAAAGAAACGGGAUCAUAAAGUGGCUAGGACUCCUUUCUCAGGUGUAAUACAAAAAGAUUUCAGAUGAAGUUCUACUGUGGUGGUGGAGAGAACUAGAAGCAAGUGAACCAUUUUAUCCAGAACUUCCAUUGGCAAAGUGGAAGUGAGGGUGGAUGAGGACUUUCAUGCUUCUCCACCUGUUUUGCAGGUUAAAAAAAAGUCAGGGAAAAUCUCUGUCCAGUUUGGGGACAUGUGUGGCUGGUCUAAACCAUUCCUUCUGAUCCAAACCAUUUCCUGGUCUUUCCCUGGUAUACCCCUGAACCACCCUGAUGCCCCCCACUUCCUUGAUUCCUACCAAGAUCAGAGCUUGGGCGUUUGCCAAGACAAGGCAAGUGAGGUCUCUGAGGCAACAGAAGAGAGGUAUCAGACAUCUCAUCUCCCUCUCCAGUGGUGGAACUCGCUCCCUGAUGUUGUAAAGAGAGAUCCAAUAUAUUUUUGGGUUCAGAACAUCCAGAAGCCCUAGUUUUGCAGCAUAAAUUUGGUUUGUGCUUCUAAAGGAAAGAGAUUUGGUGGCCUUAGAGAGAGGUAUGUGAACAAAUUGGUUAUGGUCACUUAGUGGGAAGAGGAUACAAACCAUAGAGGUUUCAGCUUAUAUGAUUGCCUUCUGGAAUGUUGUAUCCAUCCCAGAGCUUUAGGGAUAGGGGCAAGUAUAAAACCAAACUAAACAUUAACAGAUUCAGAAUCAUAAGAAAUGCAUAAGGGCUUCAUGGUGAAACUAUGUAGCAAAGAGCCCUGCACCCUUUAUACCUGUUCUUUUAGAGUAAGCAUUAGGACCCAAGAGAUUUGUAAAACUGCAUCAUGACGCUUAUCUCUAUUCAGAAUUGCAUUGUCACCUGUAUACAAUAAUGUCCAAGAUGAAUCAAACUGAACCCUUAAAAUAAGGGCAUUGGAACCUUGAAAUAAGAACACAAAACAUUGUAGGAAUGGAUGUCACACGUACAGGGCAUAUUUUGGAACUGGGCCAGCUCCCGGCACCCUGACAAAAGAGAUACCUACUUGUGUAUUAAGUUCUAGCUGACCUAAGCUGGCAGAGAUGUCCUUAGUUUUAUUUUUCAUUUCUUAUGGGUCACUUCCCACCCAAUUUCUAUUUGUAUACAACAAGUCUCCACUUUGCCGGCUUGGAGCACCCACUACUGUCAAAGCCGCUUUGAUUAAUCGACCACUCCAAUCCAGUGCUGUGCUCCUUUUCUUGGUGAAGCUUUUGGCUCAUAUCUGAUCUAAGGUCACCCACGCUACUUAUUUUCAGUGGACUUUAAUCUCCAUACAGAUGUGGCCUCUGACACCCACCAAAGAAUUUAGUGUGCUGUACAGUCUGCUCCUGUGCUGUCAGCAUUUUCCUUUGCUAGUACACAUGAAAGGUCAUGGUUUUGAUUUAGCUAACUUCUUGGGUCUCUCAUUACCAGAACUUGAGGUCACACACCUUGAUUUCAAAUACACUUCUAGUUUAUUGCACCCUUAUGAUUCCACACCAAUAAAUUGCUUGUAAGACGCAGGUGGUUUCCUCAGCUUGUCACUUUUCAGCAUGAAGGGUAGCAAAGUGGAUCGGUAUUUGUUUUCCACCUAUAAUACAAGCACAUGGUAAAUAUAAAUAAAAUCUCCACACCUUUGUCAUGCUAGGAACCUUGUCCCUGUCAAACUGUUCUUUUGUCUUUAAACUCCUUCUUGAUAUUCUUCCACAAAGAUUCUGAACUUCACAGACUCUCCCAGCUCACUAAGCCCUGUUUUCAGCUUACUGGAAUGCAGUACAGUGGUACCUCGGGUUAAGUACUUCAUUCGUUCUGGAGGCCUGUUCUUAACCUGAAACUGUUCUUAACCUGAAGCACCACUUUAGCUAAUGGGGCCUCCUGCUGCUGCCAUGCCACCAGAGCCCGAUUUCUGUUCUCAUCCUGAAGUAAAGUUCUUAACCUGAGGUAUUAUUUCUGGGUUAGCGGAGUCUGUAACCUGAAGCGUAUGUAACCUGAAGCGUAUGUAACCUGAGGUACCACUGUAGUACUGGCACUAUAAACUUUUUGAGUGCCACUGUGUCAUACCAUUUAAGAGGUUAAUCAAGAACACACUGUCUUCCACCCAAUUUUAAGGACUUUAUUCUUCAACAUGCGAAUUUAUAGCGAGCGCCUUCCACUUUCUAUCCUUCCCUGAUAUCUCACGGAAUUCACUCUCUAUGAUCUUCUCCAUUCCUACUUCUCAGCUCCACUGGCUUGCCGAGUUGUGGCACACUGAUUACAAGAUGCUUUGAGGCUAUUCAUGAGCUGGUCUCUCCUGCAGUAAAGCUGUGCCACUCAAAGAAAGAGCUGGAAGCUUUUGUUGCUUGGGAAACGAUUGGGUGUCAAAUGGGCGGGAGAGGAAACCCACCAGCUUUCUUUUCUGUUCAUUCUUUUUGAAACGCUCUGCCUUGGAGCACUUGACUGCAGGCUGCAAAACAGGUAGCCGACAUUGGCAGCUAGCCUGUUUGCUGAACGGAUGGCUUUUGGCAUUCAAAGGUUGUAGGCAGUUACUCCAGAUCCAGAACAGGGCCUUUUUGAAAUCUGAACAUGGGUGAGACAAAGGCAUGAAGAGCGAUUGUGCUGACUCUGGGCUUGCUCACUACAACCAAGUAUCAAAGAGCAAACAUGAAAAAAAUCAUCCAACCAGGAGAGACUGCAAAUUAUGACAGCUUGGUAGCCAAGCUCUAGCUUUUACUAGCCCACCAUGACAAUGAGUGACUCUAGAGCUCCCAGCUGAGCAGUGCUCAUUUCAUCUCCUCAUUAAUAACCUUCGUAAAACCUUUCUGUUUAGCAAGGCUUUUGGAAUACCAAUGGUUUUAAGAUCCUCCAUUGAUUUGUGUUUUAACUUGCUAUACUGAACAGUUUUUUAUCCCUGGACAAUGUCUACUUGUUUGAAUGGCUGCCUUCCCCCUUUUCGUAUUUUGUUCCUUAUAGUAAAUUUGUUGUUGUUUCCUUGAGUUUUUAAAGGAGAGAUGGAAAUGUUUUAACUAAAUGAAAAGAGAGCCAGAAAUGAAAUAUUUCCCCAUAGGGGAAUUACUCUAUCCCUUUAACCAUUUUGCUUGCCUUUUCCUGCACCAUUUCCAGCUCAAAAAUAUUCUUUUUGAGAUGAAGCAAGCAGAACUGUUUGCAGUCUUCCAAGUGUAAUUAAACCAUGGAUUUGUGUAGAGGCAUUACAAUAGCAACAGUUUUAUUUUUCCUCCCUUUCCUAAUGACUCCUGGCAUGGGGUUUGCCUUUUCUGCAUCUGCCACAGGCCGAAUCAACAUUGUUGUCAAGCUGUCCUCCACAGCUCCACACACUGGAUUGAUGUUUCCAUUGAGUUAUCCGUUACUACCCCAAGAUUUUGGUCUAUUAUCAGCAGUUCAGAGCCUGCUAGUAUGUAGCUAAAGUUGGGUUUGUUUCUUUGUGGUCCCUACUUUACUCUUACUGACACUGAACCAUAUUUCCCUUUGGAUUGACCAUUUCCCUUUUGGAGUGUUUUGAACUCCUUUUUGUUUUUAACACCCUGAAUAAUUUGGUAGCAUCACACUUAGCCAUCUCACUGUUCACCCCUGAAUCUAGGUUAUUCCUGAGCAAGUUGAAAAGCACCAGUCCCCACAACUUAGCACACUAGCACACCUCCACUGUGACAACUGUAUUCCUACUGUCUGCUCCUUGUUCUUGAACCAUUGAUAAAGUUGAGCUGCCUUUAAUGAGCGACUUUGUCAAAAAGCCUUUUGAAAGCUGGAGGAUAUAAUGUCUGCUAGAUCAUCUGUAUCCACAUUCUUGUCAACACUCCCAGUGAACUCUAAGAAGUUAGUGAAAUGGGGCAGAGCUUUGCAGAAGCCACGUUGAUUCUUCUCCAGCAAAACUUCUUAGCUCAAGCGAUCUGGCUGUGUCUUUACCGAAAAUGGGAAAUAAGGUAUUUGACAGGAUUUGUGUUGAGUUGGCAUGGACGGGCAUCUCCUGACAAGGCCAGGGUCUUAGAUGGGCCCAUCGCCAUGCCUACCACCCCCACAAUGCCCAGCACUGCUGCUACCUGCAACACCACUACAUAUUGCCACUGUCAAUCAUGCACCUCCAUCAUUCCUACUGGACUGGGGCUUCAUCUGCACUAUACAGUGGUACCUCAGGUUACAGAUGCUUCAGGUUACAGAUGCUUCAUGUUACAGACUCUGCUAACCCAGAAAUAGUACCUCGGGUUAAGAACUUUGCUUCAGGAUCAGGAUGAGAACAGAAAUCGCAGCAGCAGCAGCGAGAGGCCUCUUAAGCUAAAGUGGUACCUCAGGUUAAGAACAGUUUCAGAUUAAGAAUGGACCACCAGAACGAAUUAAGUUCUUAACCCGGGGUACCACUGUACAUGUGGAGUCAUAUCAUCCCAUUUUAAACAGUUAUGGCUUCUCCCAAAGUACCCUGGGAACUGUUCAGGGUGCUACGAGUUGUUUGUUGACUUGGUGUAGUGGUUAAGAGAAAUAGACUCGUAAUCCGGUGAACCGGGUUCGCAUCUCCGCUCCUCCACAUGCAGCUGCUGGGUGACCUUGGGCUAGUCACACUUCUCUGAAGUCUCUCAGCCCCACUGACCUCACAGAGUGUUUGUUGUGAGGGAGGAAGGGAAAGGAGAUUGUUAGCUGCUUUGAGACUCCUUCGGGUAGUGAUAAAGUGGGAUAUCAAAUCCAAACUCCUCUUCUGUUCCUCCCCACAGAGCUACAAUCCCCAGAGUUCUUUGGGAAGAGGGAUUGACUGCUGAACCACUUUGAGAAUGGCUGUUCUGUGAAGGGAAUUGGGGGGUCUCCUAACAACUCUCAGCAGGCUUAUCAAACUACAUCUCCCAGGAUUCUCUGAGGGACACCACGGCCACUUAAGUGGUAUGAUACUGCUUUAAGUGUAUAGUGCAGAUACUGCUCAGAUUGGUAGAGUGGGAUGAAUUUCUCCAGCCUUCCCCUCACAUGUUUCUUUGUACUCUUGUCAAUUGAAUGCCCUGAUAGGACACACCACAUGCCAUACCGCAUAUAAGACCCAGCCAAUGACAUCUUGUUUUCUCCCUUUUGGCACAUCUGCAGUUCUCCAUUUGUUAGUUUCUCCAACCCGCUCUCUCCCCCUCCCCACAUUACUCUCUGCAGACAGUUGUUUUGAAGUGCCUCUGACUUAUGUGAGACCGCAGCUGUCAUCUUCCAGCAUUCAGCUCUGUGGUGAAGCACAAUGCUCCCAUUGCUGUAAUUUAUCUGCACUUUAGCUUUCAAUGUGAGUUGUUUCAAUUUCAUACAAUACCUGCCGUAAAUUUACCCGGUGCUCAGUGAUCAUAGUAUAUAUCUGCGUCGAUACCAAAAUACAUGUGUAGGUAUGGUUGGUGCUGGCAGGAGGUGGGGGAGAGCUCUUGUCCAAGCGGUGAAUCAGUUGAAUGGCACAUAUCUCAUAGCCAGGCUUAAGCUUUUCAGUGACCUCUGCGAGCAAACCAACAACAAUGGCUUUACUCAAAUUUUGCUUUCAGUGCCUUUCUGAGAGGAGAAUAGGAGCAAUCAAGAGAAUAUUUGAUCUCACUGCAGAAAAAAUAAAAAUAAAUGAUGGUCCAACCAAACUUAUCAAUAAGCUCCCCAGUCUCUGAGCAGUGAGAGAUCCUGGGGGUUACAAGAGCUUUUCCAGGAUCCAGUUCCCUCAGAAUGAAGAUCAUGGGUAUCUUUAGGGAAUAUGGGGUGUAUGGCAUGUUAAGGUAGUACCUCUGGCGGGAGACACACCGUGCUCCUUCUGGGGUAGUUUGUCCACCUUUGGUCCCCACCCUACACUCAGCUCUCACCUGUGGCUCCUAGAAGCUGCCAGCAUACAACAGCGAACAAACCCCAGGAAACUGCUUUAACUGGCUGGCUAAAUCAGGUGAGGGUAGCCAAUGGGUCUCAAAACCUUGGUGAUUUAGGGACUUCCCCUGCAUACAAAGACAGGCUCUGGCAGAUUGAGCGGAUGAGACCAAUAGUAGGUUCAAUGGUCAAGAAGGCAGCUUCUGCACAUGAUGUAGUGGGAGGUGAGGGGCAGAUGGGGCUUGUCAACCUGGUAGGGUAGCAGAAGGCUUUGAUCCUAAACCUCUGCCCAGGAUCUCCACACACACAGUCCAGGAUUGUGUACCGGAGAGGUUACUUGGGUGCUGCUAACACACCAGUUUGACUUCAACUCCAGAGGUACAUUCCAUUGUCUCUUGAGACAGAUGGAUGCCAACAACAGUAUCCCACUUGAGCACAAUGCGAACAGCAUUAACAACCCCCAUAGAUCUUGCUUCCCUUUCAGGUAUCCAUGAGAGCUCCCAAUUCCAGCGCAGAGCAAACACAUCUCUCUCUGCACCUUCAGCCUGCUUUAAGGACCACACCUAGCACCAACGCUGGCUAUUUAUUGUUCUUCUACCUAGAAUCCCACAGCCUCCAGCCAAGUGAGGACAGUAGGGAGUAGUGACUCCCAUCUUUCCUGGAGAGCACCGGCACUUAGUUCAUUCUUUGAUAUGCUGAUGAGCACUUAACUGGCCAGCCAAGCCAUUACCUGAAGGAAGGAACUGGUUUGACAAGCUUCUCCUUUUACACUCUACCCUCAGAUACAGGAUCACAAGGUCUGGAUCCAGGAUUUCAUCCAGACUGACAACCCCACCCCGAAUAAUAUCACAAGCACACUAAGACCCAGUUCGUAUGUUAGAAGUUGUGGUUCAUAUGAGAAGUACAAUACAAUUUUAGAGAAGUCGGUGAAAGAAGAUAUAUAGCCCAGUUUGUUCAAGUUGCCAUGGUGGUGCCAUGCAGUUCCUGCCUUGUGUGUUACACUGCUUAGCAAGCAGGCCGCUAUCAUAACAUCACGACAAGCACAAAUAUAGAUGUAUGGAUAAUCUCUAACAAUGAAAUCAGUUCCACUUAAAUAGGAUAUUCCAAAACUGAUACAUGAUACUGUGUAAGAUCUUCUAAUCUAGGCAGCACUAAUGUUUCAUUGUAAUUAUAUUUUCAUACCCUUUUUGAGUAUCUGGAGGUCCUCAUGGAUUAUGAGGGUCAUUAGGACCAGAGGCUCUCAAUGUUUCUUUUUUUUUUUAAGUACAGGCGUCCCCCCCACUUAUGUGAGGGUUACGUCCCAGGCCCCCGUGUGCAUAAGAGGAAUUGUGCAAAGUGGAGAGAAGCCUCUAAAUACCUAUUUUUCGCUGCUCUCCAACUGUCUCUCCAGUCCAGACCAAAAUAUAUAGAAUUUAAGGCCUGGAGAUGGCUGGAGGCAGUGCAAGAAAGCAGCUGCUCCUACAUUAUCUCACAUGUCAGCAGUUUAGCAGGGAGGCUGAGCAGCCCAAACAAACCCCACUGUGCCUCUGGUCUCCUUGGGGCUUCCUCCACCCUCAGUGACGUCCUCUUGGGGCUCAGGGGAGAGUCUCCACAUGAGGACUCUCCAGCUCUCUCCCACCACUUCCUGACAUGAUUCUAUUUAUUUCUCCCCCAGGGCCGCAUAUAUGUGGUCACGUGUGAGUAGAAUGUGCAUAAAUGGUGGUGGUGGCUAAUAUUGUUAUGUGUUCCUCAUUUUCCUCAGUGGUGGCAUCCCAGGGGCACUCUAAUAAGUUUAGUUGCCUUUGGAGUGCUGCAAACUUCAUUGGGUUGUAGCAACAUCUAAAGGUAAAGGGAAAGCCGCCCAGAGUGGCUGGGGAAACUCAGCCAGGUGGGCGGGGUAUAAAUAAUAAAUUAUUAUAAUAUUAUUAUUAAAGGGACCCCUGACAGUUAAGUCCAGUCGCGAAUGACUCUGGGGUUGCGGCGCUCAUGUCGCUUUCAGGCUGAGAAAGCCGGUGUUUGUCCACAGGCAGUUUUUCUGGGUCAUGUGGCCAGCAUGACUAAGCCGCUUCUGGCGAAUCAGAGCAGUGCACGGAAACGCCGUUUACCUUCCCGCUGGAGCGGUACCUACUUGCACUUUUUGGCAUGCUUUUGAACUGCUAGGUUGGCAGGGACUGGGACCGAGCAACAGGAGCUCACCCCGUCACAGGGAUUCAAACCGCCGACCCUUUGAUCAGCAAGCCCAAGGCUCAGUGGUUUAGACUACAGCGCCACCUACUUGAUAUAAACAGAUCUUUGUCUUCUAGAAGCAAGUGGGAUCCUAAAAGCAGGCAGCAACCUUGAAGGUGCUGCAGCUAAAGCCAGGUCAUUACUAUAAAACUCCCUGUCUCUGAUUCUCUCUUGGAAGCCAACAUGCAACCUCCUUCAAACUUUCUCUGCCCCAUCCACUAAACUGGAGGGUGCCACUUUUCCAAACUCCAAUGAUGAUAGAGUGGCCACUUCUGCCUCAAUCCCCCUUUCCCACAAAUUGAAAUGCUUUGCCAAAAUAGAGGACACAGGUUUUCAUAAAAUUUGUAUAUGCUUGUAUAUGUCUUGAUUAAAAUUUCAAAGCAAUUACUGUAAUUUUAAUAGAAACACAUUACAUCACUCCAUACUGGGAAGAACGUGAGCAGAUGGCCUGUGUUCCCGUUAAGUCCGCUUUCUAGGUGUUGAUGGCGGAACUUCCAAGCUUCCCCCCCCCCCCGUAUUAUGGUUAUUGACCUUUAAACCAGAUUUGCCUUGGUCAACCCUUCAAAUAAAGAACUCUUUCAAACAGAGGAUUGUUCACUUCAAGGUAGGAGUCCCUAACUGGGAAUUACAGCCUAAAAACUUGAAAGAAGAACUCUCACUUCUCAGGAAUCAAGGAAACAUCUCCUUCCAUUAGCUCCUAUUGAGGAAACAUUAGCCAGUCAUCCCUGCCUAACAGAUUAGUCUCCAGUCUCCAUAACAAAAUCCAUUCUUGAUAGUCAUGUUGUUGUUUGCACAAUUUUAAUCUUCCGUUUAUUAACGCUUGAUAGUGUUCGCUGGAAGAUUUUAGGGAUUGAUCUUUCGCAACAGAGAAGGAUGCAGCCGUGAUCUCCUCUUAUUCAUUUCUCAACUUACAAUGAGUGCCUCGGUUUCCCAAUGGAGCCCUUUUAUUGCUAUUACUUAGGUAUCAGGCGCUUCCAUGAAAACACACAGCCUGCCAAUAAACAUAAUACAGUGGCUGUGAGAGACACUUUUAUGCUGUGAUCAACGUUUUCCCAACUUCCUGUAAAAUGUAUUAUGCAUCUCGCAGCUGUAGCAUAUUUUGUUUAAAAGUACAGUGGGGGCAGGGGAGGGUGGAAUAAAAUCUUACAUUUUUUAAAAAUACAUUAUUCAGCGUGAAAACGGAAGACUCCAUUUCCCCUUGCGUAGCUUUCAGCCCACCAACCUUGGUCUGCAUGCCAGUUAACAGAUCACACCUUAUUACAGAUGUGGAAUUUAUAGAGGCAGAGGAUCCCAGUGGCUUAGCCUUGGAUCUCUAUUUAGAUCCCAGAAUGGCACGACCCUGCAUGAUUUUGGGCAAGUUGUUUCCCUCCCCUGCCAUGUGAUUAAUAUUAGUGUUAUAGCAUGCACUAAUAAGAUAAGAUGUUAUAGAUUGUGGGGGGAAUCCCCCCCCCGAAAUUAAUAACCCUAGAAAUUAAUAAAUGAUAGGAGUUUGAUUAUUUGGGACGUGGAGAGAGAAAUAGCAACGGCAGAGGAGUUCUGAGCUAGCUUAUGCAAAAACAACCUGACCAAGUUAGAGCCAUUAAGAAACAACACAGGCCACUGAGAGCCAUUGGCAAUACAUUGGGCUCAUGCUUUCUAGUCACGGGACAAGCAGAAAUGUAGAUAAGCCCGGUGCAUGUACAUUCCACUAUACUGGAUUCCUAUACAUGCCUAUGUAGAAGUAAGUUCCAUUGAUUUCAUUGAAGCUUGUUCCCAGGUAAGUCUGAGCAGGCUUUCAGGCUUUCAGUGCUUAUUACGCACUCCUAUGAAUGGAUAUUCAGAAAUAAGUACUUUGGAGUUCACUUUCAGCUGAGUGGGUAUAGGGAUGCAGCCUUAAGUACUUAGCUCUCAUUACGGUUUCCUUUGGCGAGCAGACAGUUAGGGGGCCUUGACAUUUUGUUCUGUGUAAUGAAAGGCAAGAAUAAAAACCCAACAAAGGACAUUGCCACAGUUAUCCAGUGGUGCACUUACCCAAACAACUCCAGGAUGCUAACAAGACUAACUAGCAACAAAUUUGGAAGGAGGCUGCAGUAAUGUAGAACUUACUUGCACAUAAGAUAGGAAGUGCUUCUAUUUGACGCCCCCGCAACAGAACAAAAGCAAGCAAUGCUUUUGGCCUAACCUAGCCAGACAUCAGUUUAAUAUGAUGUUUUAUAAUACAUUCCUACCACUGAACUCAGUGGGACUUACUUCUAAGAUGUAUGGCUGUUCAGUUUUGUGAGAUUAGGGACGGGGGUUGUGCCAUGAAUUCCAAUCACGUUGCUCCUAUGAAUGGUUUUGUUGGUUGUCAAAAAGAGAUCUGAGAGUGUCAGCGUGGGCGUGGCUGUGAUAAAAUUGCCUAGAAUUUGUCACUAAACUGAUUUUUUUUUUUUUUGGGGUGGGGGAGUUUUUUCGCCUACUCUGCGCCUACUCCAACAGAGAUCCAGAGAGUCCCAAAAGUUGGAUGGCUUCCUCUGGAAGUGAAAAACGAAGUUGUUUACCAACACCUUUCCCUCCCAUUCUUGCUGUUCUGAUUUUUACUAUGUAUUCCCACCCCACCCCAGUUUGGUUUAAAUAACUGGAUUUUAUUGAUUAUGGUGGCUUAAAUCCAACAGUCACUGCAUGAGCAGAAUGAUGUCUGCUCACACUGUGACAUUUUUCCUUUCCCUGCAUUCCCCCUACCUCCCAAAAUCUUCUCUGGAGGGUUGAGGGAAGCUGCAGAGCAGAUAGGAUGGGCAGGGAGGAAGUUGAAUGAGCUGAAGUUGUUCUGUUUCCACAGUGACUUCACGGGACCCCAGUCUGUGUGUUGCACUCCAUUUUCCAUGUAAACUGCUUUGAUAAUUGGUCGCAGAGGUGAAAAGCAGGGUAUAACUUCUCCAAAUAAAUAAGCAAACAGGAUGCCUUUGGUAACCAACCGCAGUUGGCUCAGCAGAACGUCCCUUUGUCGUCAACAGGCCACCACCAAGUUAAGCAAGGGACCUGCGAAGUGGUGGCAGUGCAUCGGUGCUGCAACAAGAACAGGAUUGAAGAGCGGUCGCAGACGGUCAAGUGCUCCUGCUUCCCAGGUCAGGUGGCUGGCACAACAAGAGCGCAGCCCUCCUGCGUCGAAGGUAAGCAGCUUCAGCCCCAUUUGUCACACCGGCUUAGGAAACCCCCACCCCCAAAUCUCCUUGAUGGUUUUGAUUUCCUGCUGCCUGGGAAAAUAAUAAUAAUCCUCCCCUUUGUUAAAUUUGGACUCAUUUCUCUUUGUUAAUGAUAAUGAGUAUGUGCCUGAAUCAUGGUGUAAUUAAUCUCCUUAAUUUAUGUAUUCGCCCGUUUGGUGCCAGGAAGAUUUCUUCGUCGGUUUUAUUCCGUUUUUUGUAGUUUUGAACUGAAGAUUGUAAAGCAGAACUGGAACCAAGGGAAUUCAGUUCUCGCUUUGUUGUUCUACCAGGGAGAGGCAGGUGAUCCUCAUGACACAGGUUUUCUUGUGCCAAGCAAGGGCAGAUCAACCCAAAGGUUAACUGCACUAUGAGGGUAGCCUCAACCAAAACCAGAUCAGGGCUAUAGUUCAAUUAUCAGUGAGCAGAGCUGUGUGGUGAGUGGGCCUCUCCUUGCCCUUAUGCUGGAAUUUUCCUGAACACAUUUUCCCUUGCCACUAAUAAUAAUAAAUACUUGUUCUGCUUAGAAUAUGAGAAACAGAAUUCUCAAGCUAUAAAUAGUAUCCAUUUUGGGGGCAUUAGUAGACCUGUUUUGAAGAAGGGUUAAUUCACUCUGUGAAUUUGUAAAUUCUCAGCCAUGCUCCUGACAUCACACACUCCAGGGCCACAUUCACACCAUACUUUCAAAGGGCUGUGAUGCGACUUUAAAAGGCCACGACUCUCCCUCCAAAGAAUCCUGGGAACUGUAGCUUUUUAAGGGUCUGGGAAUUGUUAGGAGACCCCUAUUUCCCUCCCAGAACUACAAUUCCCAGAGAGGUUUAACAGUCAAUCCCUCAUCACAGGGAGCUCUGGGUACUGUGCCUCUGCGAAUUGCCCCUCUCAGUCCAGGACCUUGUUCCCUUAGAACUAAUUUAUGCCAUCAUUCUACAUGCAAAACUGGCAUUAUGUCAGUUACAUGAGGAAAUGUGGCACUGGGAGAGAUGGAUGGACCCCAAAAGUUGUUCCAUAUAGGAUCCCAGGGCACAUUUUAUUAAAUCUCAAAGCCACGUGCGAAGCUUUUAAAAACCACACACAAAUGAACAGAUGUCAUGAUGAACAUAUAAAUAAACAACAGCAGCAAUUGUGACAAGAAUGAGAGAACGAAAGCCUCUGAAAAGAUCAGAUACCUAAAGGCAAAUGAGGAAAAAAGACACGAUUUUGCUUGCGUGGGUACAGAUGUCAUUAUUGCUAAUAACGGAAUAUAUGCAAGCCUGGUUAUAAUUGCUGGUAAUCAUCACAGUAGUGCUUGGGCAGGUAAACAUCCUGAUAUCAUAACUAUUAUUAGAAUUGCUGCACCGGUUCUAUCCAUGGCCCCUUUGAUGAAAACAUGAAGGUGUUCGCUUCCUUGGGUUAAAUGCAUGUUUAUGGCUGAAAUUUAGCUUGCUGAAAAGAUUCAGGAAAUUGCUCAAUAUUUCACUUUUCCUUCCCGUUCCCUCCAGCAACUACACAGUAGCAUAUUUCCCUUUUUACGGGAUAGCUUUAUGUUAAGAAAUGGCACCUAUAAGUCUUAAUUAGGGUUUCUGUCAGCACCAGUGGAAGGAAUCUUAAGAUGUAAAAUGUGGUGAGAUUUACAUUUAAGGAAAGCAGUGCAAUGUUUUAAUAGCUUGCCGCUAAUUAAUAUUGACAUAGAAAUCAUAUUUGUUAAUCCACAUGGAAGAGACUUAUCUUCAGUUUUCAUUGCUUUCCACACAAAACCAUGACCUUUAAAAGUGAAAUAACAAAGAGCCCCGGGUUUUUCCUAACUUCCCCUGACGUUUUAAUUCUGUGAAUUAACCCAUAAAUAAAUGGAAACUCGCAACAAACACCCCACACCCCAAACACUGUAAUAGCACCAUCACCACCACCAAUCUGUACAUACAUAAAAUCCAUGUAUGAAUUGCAUUACUGCACAGAUUAAUUCAGAAGAGAAACCAAAUUUGCCUUGAAGCCAAUAUAGAUGAGCAGAUGCCUCACUGCACUAAAUAAGUGGGGCAAGAUUAUUGGCAAGUGGAUUUUGAGGGAGGGGAAUAAAUUUGUCAGCAUUGGGGCCCAGGAGAAGCCAGCAGGACAAGACCACAGGGAAGGAGCAGAUGAAAGAAGGUGUGGCAGAGGGAUGAAACCUCAGCUAGAAGGGCUUAGGAUGAGCGGAGUCAUAGAAUCAUAGAAUUGUAGAGUUGGAAGGGACUCUGAGGAAGAUCUAAUCCAUGGGUAGGCAAACUAAGGCCCAGGGGCUGGAUCCCACCCAGUUGCCUUCUAAAUCCAGCCCGAAUCAGCGUGUUUUUACAUGAGUAGAAUGUGUCCUUUUAUUUAAAAUGCAUCUCUGGGUUAUUUGUGGGGCAUAGGAAUUCGUUCACCCCCCCAAUAUAGCUCAGCCCCCCACAAGGUCUGAGGGACAGUGGACUGGCCCCCUGCUGAAAAAGUUUGCAGACCCCUGAUCUAAUCCAACCACCUGCAAUGCAGGAAUAUGCAGCUGCCUCAUACGGGGAUCAAGCCUGCAACCUUGGUGUUAUCAGCACCAUGCUCUAACCAACUGAGCUAUCCAGUCCCCUCUACUUCCAAGAGUACUGGAUGCCUUUUCCUCUCUACCUUGGCCCUCAACAGCGAAGGCAUUUUCAUUGAACACAGCCAAUUUUCUUCAUUGAAUUUAUGCUGCUCUGUUCCAUUUCAGAACUGUUUUACAUGUUUUAUAACUGGGCUAAUUUUUUAUCUGUUUAAUAGUUGUACAGUGGUACCUCAGGUUAAGUACUUAAUUCAUUCCGGAGGUCCAUACUUAACCUGAAACUGUUCUUAACCUGAAGCACCACUUUAGCUAAUGGGGCCUCCCGCUGCCACCGUGCCGCCGGAGCACGAUUUCUGUUCUCAACCUGAAGCAAAGUUCUUAACCUGAAGCACUAUUUCUGGGUUAGCGGAGGCUGUAACCUGAAGCGUAUGUAACCUGAGGUACCACUGUAUAUUCUAUUUGUUGUAACUCACCCUGGGACCUCACAGUGAAGGACAGGUAAAUAAAUAGUAAAGGAGAAGGGGUGAUUUGUGCCUUAUGCCUGCUGGAACAGACGAAAGGCCCAGCUAGUCCAUCAUUCUGUUCUCCCAGCAGCCAACCAGGUGCCUAUAGAAAGCCCACAGGCAGGUCAUGGGCACAGUAGCCCUCUCCUACUCUUGUUCCUCAGCAUCUGGUACUGGAGUUAAUAUAGACAUCACAACAAAUCUAGCUUUUGUUAAGGAAAAAUUCCGGGGAGAGAGACUACUCAACAGCCCAGCUCGUCGGGGUGCAAGUCCCCCGCAGGUCCAUGUGGUCAGUAAAAGAAGGAAGCUCCAGCCAAGUAAUUAGGAGCAAAACAGUGGUCAGUAGACCAUGAUCUUUAUUGUUGCGCCACAAGUCCCCACAGGAGUAAGAACCCCAAGCAUGGGGUGACAUCCUCUUUUAAAACUUCCCUCUUUCCCCCAGAAUACACUUUGAGCAGCUAAGUUUGUUAUUGGUAUGAGCUUUCAUGUGCAUACACACUUCUUCAGAUACAUCAGAAGUGUUCAUGCACACGAAAGCUCAUACCAGUAACAAACUUAAUUGGUCUCUAAGGUGCUACUGGAAGGAAUUUUUUUAUUUUGUUUCGACUACGGCAGACCAACACGGCUACCUAACUGUAACUAGAACUUUGAGCAGCAUAAUUGAUACAUCAUCACUACAUCACUAGCAUGUCACAAAUGGGGAGAGGUAUACAAUGGUUACACAAGUUCAACAUUAGGUCACUUUAUCAGACACCUUUCCCAACACCUCUUAAGUAUCCAUCACCAAAAGAACAAUAAAACUCUUUACAUAUCCUUGCCUUUGGUCUUGUCUGAAGAUGGGCUUUCGGAACAUCUGACUUGCUAAACUGCCUCUGCAGAUGUCUAUUGCUGCCCCCUUGGUCACUCCCCGGGUGGGGUGCUGUGUAUGUGCUCUCACGCUUGGGGAAUUAUGGCGGGAUGCCCUGUUUCUGCUUCCUACGUGACUUCCUGAACACUUUUAAGCAGUCCAAAUUGGUAGCCAUCACACCACCUUGCAGUAGUCAGUUCCAUAUUUUCAACUAUGCGAUACAUGAAGAAGUACAGUGGUACCUCUGGUUGCGUACUUAAUUCGUUCCGGAGGUCCGUUCUUAACCUGAAACUGUACUUAACCUGAAGCACCACUUUAGCUAAUGGGGCCUCCUGCUGCCGCCGCAGCACGAUUUCUGUUCUCAUCCUGAAGCAAAGUUCUUAACCUGAGGUAAUAUUUCUGGCUUAGCGGAGUCUGUAACCUGAAGUGUAUGUAGCCCGAGGUACCACUGUAAGUACUUCCUCUUGCCUGCCCUGUAUGUUCUUUGGAAAACUGUUUGUCCCAGCCUUUUGCAAUAAAUCCCCAGGUGUAUUUGGGGCGUGUCUUUUUGUCUCCUGCCGUUGCUUCCACCCUUCAAGGUUGUGCUAGUUGGAUAUAAUCGCACAAUAGAUGGGCUUCUUGAAGGGGAGGGACAGGGAAAAGGUUGACGUGUGUAAGUGGAAGUCUUAUAUUUAUCUGAUGAUCUAACCCAGCCUCUUGUGGGGAAACCUCUUGUGGAGAAACCCCCAUAGCCAUGAGAACAGAGGUAAAAUUAUAGAGUUAUUAGGGGGCAGCUGGAGACCUUCUGCACCUGAUAGACCCACCUGGGUCCUCUACCAUGUACUCCCAUGUGACCUCACUGUAUUAUGUUGUGCUAUCCAGUGCCAUAGGCUUCUCCAGCCUUUUGGCAAUGAUCAUAGCUGUCAACAUUUCCCUUUUUUAAAGGGAAAUUCCCUUAUUCCGAAUAGGAUUCCUCACAAGAAAAGGGAAAAGUUGACAGCUAUGCUAAUGAUUCUCCUACAAUAUGGAAUAUGGUGAUGUCGCAGUGCAUAAGGCUGGAUACCAAUAAAUGGUGGAGACCUUCUUUAACAUGUCCACUGUUCACUAUGGCAUCAAGCCAUAAUGGAUGGCGUCUCUGAGCGCUGUGGAUGUGGCUGUACCCAAGGUAGUAUGGUGCUUCCCUGGCAGUCUAGAACUCCUCCCUGCACCUACAAAAAAUUGCAUGAGUACGCUACUCAGGAGUUGGGUGGGAGAAAUGUUUUUCAUGAGCUGCCCAAGCGUUUGCUAUUUAAAGACUUUCUUCAGAUAUUUACAUAUUAUCUAUGCCACAUAGCCUCUUCUUUUAUUUAGAGAUUAGAUUUGCCUUGAUGCUUACAUUUUUCAUACCGUAUUAUGUGUGCAUGCAACUCAGAUUUAAUUACUCAAUAUACAUUAUAUAUAUGUGUGUGUGUGUGUGUGUGUGUGUGUGUGUGCGCGAGCGCUGAAUGCUAGGCAAUGCCUGCACAUUUUAUGCCAUGUUCCCUGCAACACUAAAGCAGGACUUUAUGGUGGACAGUAAAUAGAUAUUUACUAAAAUAUGCAUCAGCGUAGGAAAGGUAGAGCUCUUGGCUUUUGUGACGAUAUCCUAAUUGCAGAGGUAAACUGGACAUUACAUCUUUUUUGUCAAAACAAAUCCUUGCUGAAACAGUUUGGUGCCUGUACUCUAGAUUUUAAUAAGGAAAGCAUUAUGGAUGCAAGAACCAGAGGUAUAAAAGCAGACACCCCUGUAUUUCCCCCUGUAGUGUGAUGGCUUAGCAUACUUUAUUUAUACUGUAAGCACUGAGGUAAUUUAUUCAGGUACUUUAGGGCAGAAACCCAUGCAUGUCCAUUUACAGUUUGCAAUUUUUUAUUUUUUAUUUUUUUGUGAUCUAACCGAACCCUGUGGAGGCCUCCAUGCUGCAGAAGCCUGAAGGAGGUUUUUAAUUAAGCUUGUCUCCGCCUGGCCCCACUUGUGUAACUAAUUAUUUUCAGUAUCAUGAAAGACUUUCAUUAUUCAUUUCCCUUUCAAAGAGCUUACCCCACCCCCGAUUUGCACUGUGUAACUUGAACCUAUUUUGUAAAUGAUUUUUUUAAAAGAAAAACAUAGCUGUUUGGCUUCUUUGGAAUGAUUUCAUUUUACUCUCUCUCUCUAUCAAUAAAUGUAGGCUAUAGUCAUGCUUUUUCAUAUAUGGCAGUAGAAAUACUUGGAAUGCCCCCAAUAUGCAGGGUUCACAGGCUUUGGAUGGAGAAGUCGUCUUAGAAACUAUGAUAGCUGGUGGUAAUGGGUGCUCCAAGCCACUGAGGCUACCUGGGCUUCUAGCGACAUGGCACACCUGAGUGAUACACCUGGUCCUUCAGAGAGAGUCCAACACUAUCCAAGGCAGAUGAACAAUGCAAUUCCUAGACCUGGGAACCAACCAUCCAUAGGGUCUCUGACUUGUCAGGUUUCACCCUGAUCUAACCCAUAGCUACAGUUAAAAAGGUAUAGGUAAAGUACCCCUGUACCCUGGGGUUGCAGCGCUCAUCUCGCUUUACUGGCCGAGGGAGCCGACGUUUGUCCCCAGACAGUUUUUCCGGGUCAUGUGGCCAGCAUGACUAAGCCGCUUCUGGCGAAACAAGAGCAGCACACGGAAACGCUGUUUACCUUCCCGCUGGAGCAGUACCUAUUUAUCUACUUGCACUUUGAUGUGCUUUCGAACUGCUAGGCACCAGUUUAGGUCAUGCAUGGUGUCACCUGAUUCAGAUGUUACAGAUAAAUUGAGCUGGGUGUCAUCAGGAUACUAGUGAAACUAUGCUCCUAAUCUCCUAGUGACUGCCUUCGGGGGCUUUGUAAGGACACUAACUAGCAUUGGGGACAAAAUCAUGCCCUGUGGCAGGGGCGGGCUUUGGUCAUCUUUUGUAGUAUGCCGCCCUGUGCAAGGCCAAAAUUUGGCAUUGCCAAAUGGAUUUUCUCAGUUAUGGAUCUUCUCAGCUUUGUGCCUGCUCAGCUCAGAGCCCUGUGCAGGGGAAUUGCCUGCACUGCCCUAAAUCCAGCACCCUGCCAGGGUGCAGCGGCACAAGCACCCAAUACUCAUAUAAAUAAGAGUGAGCACCUUAAAAAAGUGUCCCCAACUCACAGAGAUGGUCCAGGAAGGUCCUGUGGUUAAACGUCUCCAUCGUUGUUGAGAGAUCAAGGGCAAUGAGCAGUAUCACACUCGUCCUGUUCUUCUCCCUUCCCCAAACUGAGCCUGAAUCCAGAUCGAAAUGGAUGAAGUUUCGUCUGAGGUGCCUGUGGCUGAACUACCUGCAGGACUGGCAAGGGUUCAAAAUCCAGUUUGUAACUUUCAAGGAAGUUGUGGAUUCAAACAGGCCAUAAAUGCCUAAGCUGGGCAAACUUUGGUUACAACCAAAGAGAUUUGCACUGUUUUGAUUUAAAUAGGAUGGGAAACUUUGUUUAAGUAGAUUGUCAGGAACCAAUAGCACUCACCAGGAACAAACACAAACAGUAAUUAAAAUUUGAAAUCCAUCCGGCCCAAAGCCUUGCGUGCUGUAAAUAAGUGAAACGCCAGCCUUAUCCAUCGAGUCUUUCCUUAAGAACUAUCUCAUUUGUGAAAUGGGUCUAAUAAUAGUCAUCAUGUUGCAAGGCUUAAUUGAUGUUAGUGCAGCACUUUGCCGUUCCCCAGUUCAGCUACGAAAUGUAGAUAGUGAUGGAAGUAAAAGCAGCUCAUUAAAAGAAAAAGGAUAGCAAGGAACAAAGAGAACAGAUGAAAAAUUGGGGGUAGUUUGAAACUGCUGGCAGGCCCUAUUGAUCUGCUUCUCGGAAGGAAUUCUUCACCCCCUCUAAAGAUGCUGGGGUCUACGGCAUCUCUUUCCCAUUACAGGUCUCAGUCUACUCUCUGGCCACGCUCUCCUGUGGAUUGAAAACAGGCCAGAAUCUUGCAAGCUACAAAAUAUGGGAAAGAAGGGCAGGCGAAAGCAUUGUCCGAGCAGUAGAACAGGACACGCCGCUGUCUCCGAGCUCCUUAUAGGUGGACUUACGGUACCCCUUUCUGCUUCCUAGGGGCUCCUUGAGUCUCCAGAAAUGGGCCUGACUCAUGCUUCUCCUCCCCACCAGCUGACCCACAGAUGUAUCGAUCUGCUGAGCUCUGGAAGCAGCGUUGUAAAUGAAAAGGGAGAAUAAAACAUUUAACAGAAAGGGAAGGGAUAGCAGCAGCUUUUAACUGCCUUUGCGCUGCAGUUGCAGGAGUCCAACAGAGCCACACACUAUUGUGUUUCAUUAAAGGUCAACCUCUUCUGUGUUACUUAAACAAGCGGCAAACACUUGACUUUAAAGCGAUCAUCAAGGGAGUUGGCUUUAUCCCCCCCCCUUCUCUUUUGUGGGAAUAAACACUCUCGGGUUAGUACCUGGAACUUGGCUGGCAGCCGCUACGAGAAGAUAAAGCAUUAAUAAGCCUUGUGUAACUGCCUUCUCCCAGUGUGUAAAAUGUGGCUGUGAGUAAAUCUUCCCAAGCCGAAGUAUUCCGUGUGCCAAAGGACUUUGAAGGGUGGUACACUCUGCACUAACAAUAGUUCCAUUAAAGAAAACUUCUGUUGCAUCUAGGGAACUAGAGAAACCCAGAGGAUUUAAUCCCAGUAUACUGGUAAAUCUUCGCCUUCAAGAUGUAGUCUUUUGUCAAAACGAAAGCAGCCUUCUGAUAUCUUCAUUCCUUAGAAAACCGUAAUUAGGAGAGCUUCUCUGAACACUGCUAGCGAGACAAGAGUAGUUCUAAACCCCACUGGGAUUCCCUGACAAAAAAAGUGACAACAGAUGUUAUCCUUAGUGUGUUUCUAGCUGUGAAAGAAAACACACACACACAAUUUAGCCUGCAGUCCUAUAGCUGGGAAUAUGCUACGCUGAUCUCAAGAGGACUUACUUCUUUUUUUAAAUUUUUUAUUUGUUGACUGAUACAUUGAUACAUAAAAAGGAAAACACAAAUACAAAAUUACACACAAGAAUAACAAUAAAUACAAAAUUUUCUUAACAAACAAUAAAACAUAAAUUGGUCUUAGCACUAGAGACCCGACCUCCCGUCUAUUCCUUAUUUCGAUUUUAUAUUACUUAUUGCCAAUACACACUUUUAUCAUAAAUUAACUUUUUCUUAAUAUAUCUUAACUCUCAUGUCUAACUUGCAACUAUUACUGAAAUUCCCCAAAUGCUGUGAGGGCCCUCCUGAAGCUGUGCGCUCGGUGGAAGAGGACGACCACCCCAGAUAGAAGGAGUGUACUGUUGAGAGCCAGUGUGGUGUAGUGGUUAAGAGCGGUAGACUCGUAAUCUGCUGAACUGGGUUCGCUUCCCUGCUCUUCCAUGCAGCUGCUGGGUGACCUUGGGCUAGUCACACUUCUCUGAAGUCUCUCAACCUCACUCACCUCACAGAGUGUUUGUUGUGGGGGAGGAAGGGAAAGGAGAAUGUUAGCCGCUUUGAGACUCCUUUGGGUAGUGAUAAAGUGGGAUAUCAAAUCCAAACUCCUCCUCCUCCUCCUCCUCUUCUUCUUCUUCUUCUUCUUCUUCUUCGGUCAAGGGUAUGCGAUAGCUGUGCUCCCCAGCUAGAACCUCCAAACAGGACUUACUUCUGAGUAGGAAUUGUUUAGGACUGCACUGCUAAACCAGUAGCUGUUUGCAUAAGCCAUGGUACCUAGGAUGAGAGAACCUGCUCCUGGAAAAUUUGAUGUUUGUGGCAUCUGGGAGAUCAGCAAAAGAAGUCAUUCAAGAGAAAUUGUUUAUUUAUUGUUUAUUUAAAAUAGAGUGGAUACCCUCACAAGGUAUGUUCCAGAUUUAGAUUCCCAGUUUUGAAGCAAGCCCUAACAAAGUAGCUUGCAGUAACUUAACAGACACAAAUAUCAUUCAAAACGAUCGCAACAUUUAAACAGUUUCAUAAGCUACAAAAACUAAGUAGCAGCCAACUAAGGAACUGGAAUAAAUAUUUGCUGGUAGCAUUAUAUUAUGAUCUGGUAGAUUGUAUGCAUAUUUUAUUAAAUGAAACUUCAGGUAACGAAAUUACAAUACAUAAUGAUAGACUCCCAUCCAAAGACACCCCUGUUACCCACAUUGAAAAUGCAUAGCAGAAAUGAAAUAAUUGAAUCAGUAUCAAAAGCUACUGAAUUUACCACUGCCAACCUGCUGUUACAUAAUUUAUAGGGGGGGGCACCCUGUGAGAUAAUAGUUUGUUUUGUCCUUUACAUGUAAGAAUUGUGGUUUGGUAUGCUACUGUAGACUAAAGAAUCUAUGUAUGUCUACCCAGAAAUAAGUCCCACUAAACUCAGUGGGACGGACUUCCAGGUCAGUGGAUUUUGGAUUGUCACCUUAAUCAGCUAUACACAGUAAAAUCAUGUUAGAUAACAGAAUUAACAUUUAUUUCCAUAUUUUAGCUUGAAAUUCAAUUUAAAUUUGUAAAGUAAUUUCAUAUGAAUUGAUGAAUUGCACCCACUGAAUCAAAUCUAAUAAGGGAUAUAUAAAUACGCUUUAUGGGGUCUCCCUGCACAGGAAAAAAAAUAUGAAAAUACUAAUGAUCACAUUAUGAAAAUGAAAGAGAAGACUGAUGAAGGGCAACUGUCUUUGCCAGCAAUCAUGUACAGAGGCUGCUUGAAUCUCAUUGAAGUUAAAUGGAUUUCGGCUGAAGCUCAACACAAGAAAACAUACUUGAGUAAAAGUGCACAGGAUUGCACUCUUAAGCAGCCUAAUAUUAUGCAGGAAUGCAUCAUGGGCAUACAACAGCAUUACUUAAAAGAAAGAGACGUAUCUUACUAAAAUCUGUGUUCAGAAUAUUUUAUUACUUACUUAUCUUGUUCUUUGUAAACUGAAUAAAAUGUCCAGUGGCCAACAAUGGUUCUCAUAAUAGCUUAGAAAUAAAAUUAGAGAUGUGGUACCAUAUGAGCCAUAAUCUCCAUUGCCAGUCCAGCUGGGUUGGUGCUCCCUGGGCUGGUCGAUGGAUGCGCUGAAACAGCUGCAGCACACCAAAACAGGGAAUUUCAGGCUGGUUCUGGUGGCAACUGGAAUACAUCUCCCCACCACACCACCUGCUGAGGAAAAGAAAUAGAAAGGCUUUGUGUGAGGAAGGUGGAACACAGACAAACAGGCCUACACACUUUGUCUUGCCAUAUUCUUAUGUUUCUGGCAGGCAAAAGAAACCAACUAUGGUGUGCAGUAACAGCAGAAGCAUUAGUCUAGUGCAGGGGUCAGCAACCUUUUUCAGCUGUGGGCCGGUCCACCAUCCCUCAGACCAUGUGGUGGGCCCCACAUAACCCAGAGAUGCAUUUUAAAUAAAAGCACACAUUCUACUCAUGUAAAAACACGCUGAUUCCCAGACCGUCCACAGGCCAGAUUGAGAAGGCGAUUGGGCUGCAUCCGGCCCCCGAGCCUUAGGUUGCCUACCCCUGGUCUAGUGGUUCUGGCAAUGGAGACCACCAUGCAGACAUCACCAUGCAGACCCAGGGAUUGGGGAACCUGUGGCCCCUCAGAUGUUGCUAAACUGCAUCAUCUCUGAACAUUUGCCACAUUGGCGAGGUAUGAUGGGAGUUGAAGUCCAGCCACACCUGGAGGGCCAGAGAUGCUCCAUCCCUGACGCAAGAAUGUGAUUGGCUACACAGCACCAGUGUCACAGUCACAAGGUGAUAUUUAAUUGGCUGAGAUAACAGUAGAAGGGGUUCGGACUACUCCUCCCACACACAUUAAAAUAACGUGCGAGAAGGUCAUGGCGCCACAUGGGCUAGCCUUCUGCCAUUGUUCCUGCCACGGUCCCUGCUCAUGAACCCACCAGUCACACAUUUGACAAGCACGAGAAUGUACACGAAGAGACCUCCUCUGCAUAAGGAGGGAUCCUGAUUAGCCCAUUCCAAUGAGACUCGUUGCUAAGACAGUAAAACCAGGUGCUGAAUUUGGGGUUUUACAAGGUGUGGCAGAGCUGGCAUGGUCCUUGGGUUCAGCUUACCCUGUGCUCAGUCAGGUGGUAGGACUAGAAUUGCUGCCUGUUAUCGUUAUUAUUAAUUUCAUUUAUAUAAGACAGCUACAUAUAUAAAAACAGUUAAAGCAAUAUAUGCAAUUUUAAAAAGGUAAAGGGACCCCUAACAGUUAAGUCCAGUUGCGGAAGACUCUGGAGGUGCAGUUCUCAUCUCGCUUUAUUGGCCGAGGGAGCCAGCAUACAGCUUCCAGGUCAUGUGGCCAUGUGAACCAGAGCAGCGCAUGGAAACACCGUUUACCUUCCCGCCAGAGCGGUACCUAUAUAUCUACUUGCACUUUGACAUGCUUUUGAACUGCUAGGUUGGCAGGAGCAGGGACCGAGCAACGGGAGCUCACCCCGUCACGGGGAUUCAAACCGCCGACCUUCUGAUCGGCAUGUCCUAGGCUCUGUGGUUUAACCCACAGCGCCACCCGCGUCCCUAUAUGCAAUUUUAGUGACCUACAAAAAGUAUCAAUUUCCGAUAUUUGUAAUAUAAUGUUAAAACCUUUUAACCCCCCCAAAAUAGUUGCACCUGUUAAGUCAAGGAUUCAUAUUUCCUGUGGUUUGGGGUAAGAUUUGUAUUUUCCGUUACCUGCAGGUAUGACUCCUAUUUUCAGAAAAGCCUUUUACUCCUAUUUACAAAAGCGAUUGAUAGUCUGACCUUCAACUGCUUUGUUGGUAAAGGUCCAUAUAUUUCUAGCUUGUUACACCAGGCUUUUGCUUUGAAAACCAUUCUUCUGCUUCUGAGUUUUCAGUCCUAAGCACUUCCACACUGGCAAAUAUGUUUACGUUGACUUUAGCAAGACUUACUUCUGAGUAAACAUGGUUAAGAUCCAUCUAUGAAACUAUUUUAGGAGGAGUGAUCCUAGAAUGACUUUUGCACGAGGUCUAUAUACUCAGCUUGAAUUAAACAUGAUGAUUUCAUUCAGAUGCCAUGUUCUCAGUCUGCCCAGUUGCUGUAUGCUGUCAGCUUUGGAGGAUCAGCAACAGCUUGAAGUAUCUCUUCUCCCUCUGCCCUCUCCCCCUGCCCUCUCCUUUCUAGUUUCAUCAAACCACAGUUUCCCAUGAGAAUUGAACUUACUCUGUUGGCAUUGCCUUUGCUUAUAAAUCAGCGUGAUGGCACUUGCUCCAUUUUGCUCUUUGACAAGCCAUUUUCUUUUUGUCUUCCAGCUGCCAUUGUCAUCCAGAAGUGGUGGUGUCAUAUGAACCCUUGCCUGGAUGGAGAAGACUGUAAAGUGCUUCCAGAUUACUCAGGUUGGUCAUGCAGCAGUGGAAACAAAGUCAAAACUACCAAGGCAAGUUCAUGUACCCUUUUCAUUCCCUAUCAGUGAAUACUAGGUCAUUCGGUAACAUGGGUAGAUCUUACCAGUACAAUGCCCCAACAAUGCCCCCAGCCAAGGGGAGCAAUCUGCUUUUCCCUAUAGGAGUGAAUGGCUUCAAGUACAGGAGUGCACUCAGGGACAUCUUCCUGCUGAGAAUGAAGUUUGGGUUUCCAGCAAUGAGCCAUCAAUAUGCUUGAAAUACUCUCCUUGCCGCAUUUGCUGUAGACAAACCUCUCGUGCCUAAUGCAAACUUCUCUGCAUAGCAUUUUAAAUACAAUGCAGUCAAACGUAGCAUUUUAUGCAUAUUAAAGUUAUAUCUUUAACAGUGUGGUCAUCUUUUGGGUUCUGUUUUGGAGUCAUGCUAGAGUAGCCUUCAUCAACCUGCUGUUGUUAGCAGAGGCACUUGAAUAAUGCAGACGGGAGUUGAGAGAGAAAAAUAAACAUUUACCGAACAAAAUAUAUCUGCUGAGCAGAAAAAAAACAGAAGGGUUUUGCUUUUCUGACAAGGCUUGUUGAGAGCAGAAUUCAAUUCAACUAAACUUCCCCAAGAAAACUCCCUCAAAGCUUGGCAGCCUAUCAGAGUACAUACUACCUCACCAAAGAAGGAGGAGGAGGAGGAGUUUGAAUUUGAUAUCCCACUUUAUCACUGCCCUAAGGAGUCUCAAAGUGGCUAACAAUCUCAUUUCCCUUCCUCUCCCACAACAAACACUCUGUGAGGUGAGUGGGGCUGAGAGACUUCAAAGAAGUGUGACUAGCCCAAGGUGCAUGUGGAGGAGUGGGGAGGCGAACCCGGUUCACCAGAUUACAAGUCCACUGCUCUUAACCACUACACCACACUAGCUCUCACCAAAGACCAUGCCACUUUCUCUAGCUGCUUUGCAACACCUUAAAUUAACAGAAUUAACCCUUAAACCACACACUGAAUGAUCUCUGCUGUUUCACUUCCAGCACAUUGCACCCUCUAGCUGUUGUACACAUACAAAAGCCCUGGGAACAACCAACACAGCAUAAAUGAUGAUAGAAGCUACAGGAGCACAGAAGCGGCUGUAUUCUUGAUCAUGAGAAGCAUCCAGCAGUGCACCUGAGCACAGAGAGAAAGGAAUAAGGAAGGAACAGGUGACCAGAAACAACUGGAAGUCUAUGUAGAGCCAUUCCAGGGCAGUUGGGGGUAUAGGACUCAGCAGAGCUUAGGUUGACAAUGAGCAGGAACUGUUCUUCUUCACAUGUGUGGAGUAUGGAACACAGACAUGGCAUAGGGAACUUUCCAGUUCAGAUUUAGGCCUCUGCACACAUUUGAGAUCAACUACUGUGCUGAAUUAGCACCCAGGAGUGCCCUAAACUGGCUUUGCCUCAUUAAAGUAACAAGCUAUUAACUCCCCUCUUCAAAGAAGAGAUUCCCCAAGAGUGCAAUCCACAUCCCAUCGAAGUCAGUGGCAACGCUUACUUUGAUCUUAAUGGGUUAGCAUUGCACCCAAAGGUGCUGCAAGCAUCUUUAAUUUGAUAAGAGGCCUUUUCCAUUUUCUUGUUAUCUUGUGGAGUAUACUUUUGUGGAGUGAAAAAGCAAGGGCAAGGGAUAUCCAGAUAAGGCUCAAAAGCCACCUUUUAUAGUGUGGACUCAUGUAUCUAGGGUAUAGAGGCUCCAGCUUUGGGGAGGGGGGAGGAGGGGAAGAGAAAUAUAAAAUUUUGAUUUUACUUUUGACUCCCCAAAGUACAGCCACUGUAUAUGGCACUCCUGUAAGUUAAAGAAGGAAACAAUUCCCCAAGUCACCAUGAAGCAAUAUAAGGUCUUUAUUAUCAUCAUCAUUCUGGAUUCAUUAAAAUGUUGCUGUCAAUCUAAGCAAAAAACGCCCAGCACUGUAUACCAUGUUUUAGUUCUGUGUAGGAAUAAGAUUUCCAUAACAGUAAAUUCAUUUGGGUUAUGGGCAGUCAUAAAUAGUUUCUCUCUCUCUCUCUAAAAAUGAUAAAGGACGGUACUGCCGACGCUGAAUACUGGUGUCUAGUACAUAGCUUAAAUAUAUAAUGGUAUAAAGUUAGCCAGUUUAUUGAUACAUUUAUUACUUCACUAGGCCAGCUGCUGGUUCUAAAUGAGCUGUCUGGUUGAUCUCAGCCAGAACUUGUCAAAACUGCACUUCCAAAACAAGGUUGCAGCAUUGGCAGUAGGGAGACAGUGACCUUCUCCAGGUGUUUCCUAAAUAGGUUGAAUAAGCAUGCAAGGGGGAGGCAGCAGGGAUGAGUGCUCCCACACAAAGGAGGGUGACUGUCUGAAGUGGAGAGCUGGCCUGUGCUUGUGGAGGCUCCCCAUGUUGAGCAAAGUCUCAGGAAACUGACCUGGGGUACAGAACAACCAACAACAGGUUGUAGAUAGUAGAUAACAGGUUGUUUGUUGUUUAGUCGUUUAGUCGUGUCCGACUCUUCGUGACCCUAUGGACCAGAGCACACCAGGCACUCCUGUCUUCCACUGCCUCCCGCAGUUUGGUCAAACUCAUGCUGGUAGCUUUGAGAAAACUAUCUAACCAUCUCAUCCUCUGUCGUCCCCAUCUCCUUGUGCCCUCCAUCUUUCCCAGCAUCAGGGUCUUUUCCAAGGAGUCUUCUCUUCUCAUGAGGUGGCCAAAGUAUUGGAGCCUCAGCUUCACGAUCUGUCCUUCCAGUGAGCACUCAGGGCUGAUUUCCUUCAGAAUGGAUAGGUUUGAUCUUCUUGCAGUCCAUGGGACUCUCAAGAGGCUCCUCCAGCACCAUAAUUCAAAAGCAUCAAUUCUUUGGCGAUAACAGGUAGUAGAUGAAAACCUGCAUGGCAUUUCAUAUCCCCAAGGAGGACCUUGGUGAGUGUCUGAGGGAUCUACAACUGCAAUGGAAUGAAUGUGGCAAUGCACUAGCUGGGAUUCAGCAGAAGGUGGAGUUUGAGAUGGAGGUCAUUCAUUGGUGCCUGGGUACAGAUCCAACAGCAACAGGAUAGUGAAUGGUCUUGGGUCACCAGUGGGUUGUUGGGCUUCUCCUCCAAAAUGUCUUUACGACCCUUCCUGGGGUUGGAGCCUGGAUGUUCUUUCUGUUCCUCCAGAGAAACGUUUGUGGUGAAUUCCACUUUAAGUCUCUUAUCUCCAGUGAAGUACAUGGUGGCUCUGGUUGGUUUGUGGCAUCUGCUUGCAAAUCACCGCAAAUUUGGUGAUAAUGAUUUCAGGACGUUGAAUUAUUAUUUUUUAACCAGUUUGAAGAUUCGGUGCAAUAGUUAAUAAACUGUGUUCACGGAUGUGAAAUGCAAAAAUGGGGUCAGAAUUGUUUUAUUGGAAGUAGCAAGGGGACAUGCUACGGAGGAUGCCUUGACCUCAUUGUGGUUCCCCUUUAAUACAUACAUACAGCACAACAGAGCAAUGGCCUAUCCCCUCCAACAGCAUACGAAUCCAAUAUGGCUAACCUGACCCAACAACCUAGCCCGCCUUUCUCACACAAAUAAGCCGCAUCACAAUCAACUAAGCACAACCAACCAAGCUUGGGAAUCCCUAACCAUGCAAUAUCGAUAAAAAUAAAUAAAUACACAAACAUGCGGACCCAACCCUCCGACGCUAAGAAUAGGCAAUAAAACAAAAGAACAAUAUCCCCCAUCUCUCCCCCCUCUCACCUUUUCCCCAACUGCAAGAUGUCUAUGACAAAAACGACUCUCACCAAACAUAAACGAACUGUGAAAAAGACUAUGAACUGAAAGUGGAGGCAAUAGGUAUUAGAAUUCCUGCUCCAUGAUUGCAGUCAUGGGAUUUUUGUCUAUUACACGAUGGUGUAUGUUUUGACUCCACAGAGUGGGAAGUGAUGGAGACAGGAUGUUUGGGUUACUGUGUUCCAUGAAGUGGGACUAUUGUCCUUUGUUCUUUUUCUCUUUGCUGUCUGAUGCUAGAGAGAGAGGGAGCCAUGUUGCAGUGCUCUGUGUGUGUUUAUAUGUAAAUAAAGUAGAUUAGCCAAAAUGCUGAUUUGCUGAGGUCUGUCUCGCAAGGUGCGCAAACUCUGCGGAUCUCUAAGUGUGCCGGUGUCGCUGUGAUGUUUGGGCUGAAGAAAGCUUAUGAAGCUCCUGAACGAUCGACCAGGAGGGAGAGAACAUGCCAGUUGGGCAUGUGUCUCUACCAGAGUCCUACUCGAGUGUAGGCUGAACUCCUGACAAUAGGUGUGCCUUUCCCUGUUUAUCUGUUUGCUUUGUUACACACACAAAAAUAAAAAAAAACCAAUAAAAAAAGAAUUGUUUUAUUGGAACAAAUCAGUGCAAUCUGUGCAAUUGCUGCAAUGCAUAGAAAAAACAACUUGUUGGCAUCCAUCUGUCUUGGGAGACAAUGGAAGAGUGUGCCUCUGGGGAUGAAGCCAAAUCAUUGGAGAGUUACAGUGCCUCCUGUGGCUGUAGAGAGACAUGUUUUGUUGCAGCUGGGGCAGAUGAAGGCAUCCAGUUGUGCUGAUGUGGGUGUACCAUGGUGCUUCUUCUUUCUGUGCUCCUCCCAGCACUCAUUUCUCCUGUGGUCACUGCUGUGGAUAUAUGACCUGACUGAUUGUCUCCAGGUGCUGUGGUCGUCUGUGGUCAUACAUAGAAAAAGCUGUCACCAAUUGGCUGUUAAUACAGACUUGCUUUCCCAAAGCAGCUCCCUCCUUUCUCUAUUCCUCUUUCUGUAUGCAUGUAGAAUGCUUACAUUGCUCAGAAAUGUGCAUAAUCUAGCAAGUACAGGUCAGCAGUUGAAACCCUGAACGUGUGGGAAUUUAUGAAAUCUCUGGAGAACCCAUCUCCUCCUGCCAGUAUUUGCCACUAUCAAACUAUUUAUACACAAUUGUCACUUUCCUCUUUUCCUUUGUUUGCAGGUAACACGGUAGCAAAAUGUAAACAUGUGCCAAAGUUGGACCGAUGGGAUUUACAGCUGCAUUGCCCAGAGACGUUCACUUUUUAACAAGGAGACCGCACUUCUCAGUCUAUGACUUUCUUACAAAGAAUGGAAUACAUUUUAAAGACAGAAGCUCCGAGUCUAACCCUUUCAUGCUCAAGAUGAACAUCUGUAACCAGAACUCCUUCCAAAGUGCAACAGAGAUCUCCAGGACUUUUAUUCAUGACUUUGUAAAUCCUGAAACCUUGAUUCAAAUUACUUGGCAGGAAUGGUGAGGUUAAAAACCAAGGGUAAUUCAGAUGAAGGAGCCUCACCAUGAAAAUGAUAGGGAAGACAAUCGAAUUGCUCUUAGAACACCCGCUUCAAUAUAUUUUUACCAGCGAUUUACUAAGUAUCAAACAAAGUAGGGAAGUCAGUCAUGAUGUUUAAUAAAUAAGUACCCCUUGCCAAUCUUCAUAUUCUGUUAUAGUGUGUGCAAUUAUGUUUUCCCUCCAUUUGUUCAGUGUUAAGGACAGUAAUGAAAACACUCAUUCGAAAAGUAGAUAGAUUUUAGCACACCAGAGAAUUCUGUCCAGCAGAAUAGAAACCGUUGCUGCUUUGCUGCCAGAAAUUGAAAGAAAAUGGAGCCAUUAAAUUGGUAUUUUCACCCAAGUCAAUGAACAUUUGGGUCACGGCUUCACAUUCUCCUACGUACAAAUGUGAGGUGUGUCUUAAGCAAGUCUGGUACCAUUUUGCUCUAAGACAGCUCCACCAAUGGAUGGUAGGGCUAGCUAGCUUGCUAGGUCAUCUCUGCAGUGAACCUUGUUGGCAUUGUGCAAUGGCGCAGGACUGAGGGAUGAAGCCCCCUGCCUGCCUGGAGUACAAAGGUCAAAGACACUGGAACUGCACACCCCACAGGCACAAUUAGAUUCUUUCCCGCAGCAAAAUGUAUAGGGCAAAGGAGAAAAUGAAGCACACUAUACUACUGCUGUAUGAGUUUCCUUCUAAUCUCUUAACUGUCACUUGUCAUGCACUUGUAUAGAUGGCUCUGGAGCAUCAAGAAAGUCUUUAGGGUGAGGCCUUAGCAUCUUAAGUUCUGUGCUGCACUAGAAUACUUGUGCAUUGGUGCUUUGCUGCAUCUGGGUAGGGCGGCUCUUCCUAGUGGCUUUGACCUGGCUGCUGCGACACUGCAGUCUCUCUGUGCUGGUUCCGAGGGCUAACCAUGCGGCGAGGUCCGAGUCCAGUCCAAGGUCGAGGGUGCGGUAUGGAGGCUGUCCAUCAAAGCUGAAGCUGGAUCCAAGGCAGGGAGUCCGGUGAGGUCAGGAACUCUGGCAGAAGAGCAGGACAGGGUGCAGGCAGGAACAGGCUGUCAGAAUAUGAGAGCAACGCAGCUCAACAAUGUUGCUCCCGCAACCAGGGACUGGGGCUGGCUGGUUUUAAUCUGCCGUGAGGCAUAGGGCGGCCCUGGUCCACAGGUGAUUCGCCUCUCCUGGCCUGGAGGCGAGCACUCCUCCUGUGGGAACUUAGUUCCCUCCGCCUCUCUGCCCUGAGCCUCUGUAGCUCAGGAGAGGCUGGAGGGUUACCAGACCCAGAGGCAACCUCCUCUUCCCCUGAUGGGGCUGAGAGUGGAGCACCUGCAGGCAAUGGGUCCUCCAUCACCUCAGGAGCCAGAGCAGACUCAGCUGGUGCCUGCACCUGAGGAUCCAGCACAGGUGAGGACCCUUCAGGCUCAAGCCCCAGCCCCGGCUCAGCUGGUUCUGGAGGCGGGGACUCCUGUGCAGGCUGUGAUUCCUCAGGUUCAGCCUUUGAGUCCGAAUCCCAGGCCAUCACACCCUCACAUCUGCUCAUGGCACAAGUGCAGUAAAAUGGAGAAUGCAGGACCAAUUGCAUAGCACACUAGACUUGGGAUCGAAUUGUCAAGACCGUACCAAGGAAGAUUAGUGGAAGACAUCUGGAUUUUUGUUGCUCUGACUGCAUCCUAAUAGGGAGCGUAUUAAACGCUCAUGAGCAAAGUUCUAGAUAGAAAGGGGAUCUUCACUUUCGGUUAGCUGCUAUUUAUAAUGAUUAUAAUAAUUAAACGUCCAGUUCCUUGACAGACCACAUUUUCUAGCUCAUACAAUUUAUGACAUGUAAUUGUUUCCUAUUAUUUUAGUUGUAUCUCAUUCUGGUUUCCAUCUCUCUCCUCCCCGCUACCCCCGCUAAGUGCUACACGUUUUUGUUUUGUCAUCAGCCUGCAUAAGUGGGAAUGUAAAAGGAGGUGAAUUUAUAGCCCAUCUGUUCCUGGUUACAUCAUUUGACUUUAAGAUACGUUGGAAUGCAUUCAGAUGCAGCGAUGCACACAUAUCCCUCUGCAGAUGAACUGUCACUGACCCAGCCAUUGCUAUGCUUUAUGUAAAUUCCACUGUGUUAACAUAAGGCCGAUUUUUAGAGAUCCAGAAAUGCCAAAAAAAUGGAGAUGGUGUUGCACUAAUUUAUUUAAUUGUGCACAGGAUGUCUUUGCUACAAUGUGAAGUUGUCUAGAAUAAUAGUCAUUGUUGACUCUUAUUCUGUAAGGAACAUCUUGAAAUAUUCAUACAAUGUUCAUUCGGUCAAAGAUAUUCGUAGAACUUUUCUCUCUCUCUCCUUUAAAAACCAGAAUAAAGUCCUGCUUUUUUUUUUGUUUC